UAUUUUCAUUCACUCUUCGCUCGCAAUUCAAAUACGACCGACGUCUUGGUUUCCGUCUCGGGGAUUAUGACUUGAAACUUCUGCUAACAUUAGGCCGUGGAUGGCAAAUUAAGAAAGUUAAAGGAAAAAAAGAAUUUAUUUUAUCAAACGAAAAUAAGUGAAAAAUAAAAAUCAUUUUACUAAUAAAUACAAAAACGGAUUCAAAGGACUUUUAUGUGAAUUUAAUUUUCUUUGCAUAGUGAAAAUAGUCAAUCGCUGCUGGCUAGUGAUUUUUGUGAAAUAAAAAAAAUUUCUUGUGAAUGAUUUAGUGCAUUUCGGCCGUUUUUUUCAGCGUUUUAUCUUAUUCGCAUUGAAAAUAUUUUCAACAACGGUGUUACAUAAUGCAUCGCCAAAAUCCGAAUCCUUACCAACAGGAUCAAUCACAACAAUUUAUGAGCCAGGAGCAAAGGAUUAGCCGUACCGAGCACACCGUUAGCCGACAAGUAACUCAGCAAAGAGUUCAUGGAAUGCAGAGCAUCCAACAUGGUGGUAGUAAUAUUGUUAGCGGAGCAUUGCAGCAAGGACCACCGCCACCACAACUAUACCAUCAAGGCGAUAUCUCACCGCCAGUAUUUGAACAAAUAUUUAAAAAUGCACGCUUUGCCCAAGGUGGUAACGCCACCUUUGAUGGCCGUUUGCGUGGUAACCCAAAGCCUGUAGUUUCCUGGACUCGAAAAGGUGCACCACUUCUCGAGUCCAGUAAAUUUCGAAUGAGUUACAACGAAAAUACUGGCGACGUAUCACUGUUAAUUAAUCAAAUCGGUCCUGGUGAUGAGGGAGAAUACACCUGUACAGCCAGGAAUCAAUUUGGCGAAGCUAUUUGUUCGGUUUACAUUCAACCAGAAGGUCAACCAAUGCCACCAAUGCAAAAUUACCAUCAACAAUAUGAACAAUCAUAUCAAUCACAGCAGGGCAGUAACGUUGGACAAUCGUUCCAACGAUAUGAACAAAAGAGCUCACAAUAUUCAAAUGGUUACAAUAAUUAUAGUUUAAUCGAAGAAGAAUUUAAAGUAGACACGUUCGAGUAUAGACUCCUACGUGAAGUGUCAUUCAGAGAAUCAAUUACCCGCAGAUCUUCUCAUGAAGUUGAUAGUCAAUUAACCUAUGAAGUUGAUCGUAAUCUUGGUCCAGCUGCACCACCACAGAUCCAACAGAAACCGAGAAACUCGAAACUAGUUGAAGGUGCCGAUGCUGUGUUCUCAGCAAAGGUAGCUUCAAAUCCGAAACCAAGACUUACUUGGUUUAGAAAUGGUCAACGACUUGCACCGUCGACGAAAUACGAAACGACCUAUUCGAAUAACCAAGCUUCGUUACGAGUUAAAAAUUCAAAUUCAGCUGAUUCAGGUCACUACACUUUGUUGGCUGAAAAUACUCAAGGAUGCGUUGUAUCCUCAGCUGUGUUAGUCAUCGAACCUGCACAAGAAACUCCAUCGUACGAACCGAGACCGCAUGUAGACGCAAUGGCUGAAGCAGCAGAGGCUGGAAAAGCACUGCCACCGAAUUUCAUCCGUGGUUUUCAGGAUCGCGAAACUACUGAGGGCAAAAUGACUCGGUUUGAUUGUAGAUUAACCGGACGUCCGUAUCCGGAAGUGUUUUGGUUCAUCAAUGACAAACAAGUGUUUGACGAUGCUACGCAUAAAAUUUUAGUAAACGAACAGGGUAAUCACUCCCUGAUGAUCACGAAUGUAAGCCGUUACGAUGGAGGUGUUGUAUCUUGCAUUGCUCGUAAUAAGGCAGGCGAGGUUACAACUCAAGCAAGAUUGACUGUUUUGGAAAAGGAACAGGUUGUCGCACCGAAAUUUGUUGAACGCUUUACCACCGUUAAUGUUCGUGAAGGCGAGCCGGUUACACUAAACGCCAGAGCAGUUGGCACACCCGCCCCGAGAAUUACGUGGCAGAAGGAUGGUGUUGCAAUAGGAUCCAGUCCCAAUGUUCAUAUUGCUGUCGACGGCGGAUUUACAACAUUGGAUAUACCAAGAGCUCACGCCAGUGAUGCAGGAUGGUAUCAAUGUACCGCUCAGAAUGUUGCUGGAUCAACUGCAACUCGAGCCCGCCUUUUCGUUGAAACACCGAAAGGACCAGCACCAGAACAGAGACGCCUGUACUUCCCACGACCAACGAAAGUCAUUGAGCCACAACCUGAACCGGAGCCAGAAGUUAUCUACUUGAAGCAUGUCGAACGAACUCGACCACAUCCUCGUCCAGGUGAAGAAGAUCGAGUGUAUCCACCGCCUCAAUUCAUUAUUCCUUUGCGAGAUGUCACUCAAAUUGAGGGUGGCAAAAUUCAUUUCGAAGGAAGAAUAGAACCAGUUGGCGAUCCAUCGAUGUAUGUUGAAUGGUUUUUGAACGGAAGAGCUCUUACUGCAAGUUCACGUUCAACAUACACAUUCAAAUUCGGAUUUCUUGCUCUGGAUAUGCUAAGCAUCAUAGCUGCGGAUAGUGGAGAAUAUGUUUGUCGUGUCACCAGUGCAACUGGUGUAGCCGAAUCUCGUGCAAUUUUAACAAUUCAUCAACGUUCAUCAAUCGAACAGACAUCGCAACAUCCAAGUAGCUUGCAACAAAUUCAACAUCUCGAAGACUAUUCGAGAUACCAACGACAAGAGUCUAUCGAUGAAUCGAUCAAUCAAAAGCCGGUAUUUAUUCGGCCGCUUCAAAAUCUCGGCGAAUUAGAAGAGGGAAGAAAUGCUCACUUUGAGGCUCAACUGACUCCAGUUAGUGAUCCAACGAUGCGUGUUGAAUGGUACAAGGAUGGUCGUCCGAUUACAGCCAGCUCAAGAAUCACUGCAAUCUUCAACUUCGGAUAUGUCUCUCUAAAUAUCAUGCACCUACGGGCUGAAGAUUCUGGUUCAUAUGCCGUAAGGGCUGUCAAUCGGUUAGGAGAAGCCAUUAGCACAUCUACCGUGAACAUUUUCUCUAGAAGCACUGUUACCGCUGAUUUGGGAAUUCCCGAACAGCAACGUUAUAUCGAAAAAGUAGAAGAACUGGAAGCGUAUCAAAAGCAUCAACAUCAGAAGUACGUACAUGAAGUACAGGAAAGCGCAACACCACCCGAAUUUAAAACACCAAUCAAAGAUCAACUGAAUAUUAAAGAAGGCGGCUAUGCGCACUUUGAAGCUCGUCUGGAGCCAAUUGGCGAUUCUAGUCUACGCGUUGAAUGGUUUAAGGAUGGACGUCCAGUCGAAGCGAGCUCUAGGACAACAUCUUUCCAUAACUUCGGUUAUGUCGCAUUGACUGUUAAGCAACUUACUGUUCAUGACGUAGGAACAUAUACUUGUCGCGCAGAAAAUACCUUAGGUCAAGCGGCAACAUCAGCUAAAUUAACCGUUGUCACGAAGCAGGACAUCAUUUUCGAUUCACAACAUCCAAAUGGAUUGGAUAAAAUUCAACACUUGGAGGACUCAAGCAGAUACAGUCGCCGCCAGGAAGAAGAGGUCCAAGUAACUAAAGUACCGAAGUUCUUGGGACCCUUGAAAGGAACGAACAAAAUUUUGGAAGGUCAACGUGCCCAUUUCGAAGCUCGCGUUGAACCACAAAGUGACUUAACGAUGUCUGUUGAAUGGUAUCACAACGGCAAACCGAUUAUGCCAGCCAAUCGAACUCAAGUGUAUCACGAUUUUGGAUACGUAGCUUUGGACAUUGUGAGCGUUCGAGAGGACGAUGCCGGUGUAUACACUGUCGUAGCCAGAAAUGCAAUGGGCGAAGCACAGGCCCAGUCAACCAUGGUUGUUGAAACACGCACUAGCAUCGACACGACAAGCAUGCACCGUGGCAUGUUCGAACGUACACAAACUUUGGAAAAUUCUAAGUUUGUUGAGCCGCAAUAUGACGUUGAAGAAAUUUCGAAAUCAAAACCAAUCUUCGUACAACCACUAUCUGAUCCUAAACCCGUUGGUGAAGGAAAGAACAUUCAUUUAGAAUGUCGUUUGGAGCCAUUGGGUGAUCCUACUAUGCGAGUUGAAUGGUUCCACAACGGACGUCCAAUAACUAUUGGAUCACGAUUCCGCACGUACUAUGACUUUGGAUUUGUGGCCCUUGACAUUGUUCAUGCUACAAGUCUUGAUACCGGAGAGUACACUGUUGCAGCCCAAAAUCAUCUCGGCUCUGCACACAUAUCCGCUUGCGUUCGUGUAAUUGGACGCUCUGACAUUGUGACAGACUCCCAAAAUGAAACAUCCAUGGAACAUAUUCAAAUGCUUGAAGACUCAUCAAGACGACGCAAUCAAGUUGCUGAAGAUAUAACCGUCAUGCAAGCACCACAAUUCACACGUCCCUUACAUAACAUAGAAACCGUUGAAGGCACGAAUGUGCAUUUGGAGUGUCGCCUCCAACCAGUUGGCGAUCCAUCCAUGCGCGUUGAAUGGCUCGUUAAUGGAUAUCCAGUCAGAACUGGUCAUCGUUUCCGACCCGCUUAUGAAUUCGAUUAUGUUGCUUUGGAUUUGUUGGGUGUUUAUGCGAUUGACGCCGGUGUGUACACGUGCCAAGCUCGCAAUCAGUUGGGAGAAGCAGUUACUUCCGGUUCAGUGCGUGUAAUUGCAAAGAAAGAUCUCAUCUUGGAGACACAACAUCCAGGCGGUCUUGAGAAAAUUCAAAGCCUAGAAGAUUCGUCUCGCUACAGGCGCAGUGAGGUUUCCGAUGAGAUUAUCAAUAUCAAACCGAGAUUCUUGACCAAGCCAAAGGAUCUUCUAAACAUGCGCGAAGGAAAGCAUGCACAUUUCGAAUGCAAACUGGAACCGGUCACCGACACUAACUUAAAGGUAGAAUGGUUCAAAAAUGGUCGUCCGGUAACCAUUGGCCAUCGUUUCCGGCCAAUACAUGACUUUGGUUACGUUGCGUUGGACAUUAUUGAUUUAAUUGCUGAAGAUUCUGGCGUGUACUCUUGUAGAGCCGUGAAUCUCGUUGGCACUGACGAAACAAACUGUACGUUACAGUGCCGUGGCAGUGAGCAAAUUUUAACAACAACGCAAAACGAAUCGGGAUUGGAACAAAUCCAAUUCCUUGAAGACAGGUCGAAGUACUCUCGAUCCGAAGUGAUCGAUGAAGUAACCAAACAGGCACCAGUGUUUACCACAUCGCUGAAAAACGUUGAAAUUAAGGAAGGUCAACGUGCCCACUUUGAGUGCCGUUUGAUACCCGUAUCCGAUCCUACAAUGAAAGUGGAAUGGUAUCACAAUAAUGCACCGUUGAAAUCCGGUUCACGCUUUUCCGAAACCAACAACUUCGGUUUCGUUGCAUUGGACAUCAUGGGCUGUUUGCCCGACGAUGCUGGAAGCUAUACGUGCCGCGCAGUUAAUGCCUUGGGUGAAGCAGUGACUUCUGCAGUAGCCGUUAUCCACACUCAGAAGUCUAUUUAUAUGGAAUCUCAACACGAAGGUGCCUUGCAUAGUCUUCAUCGCUUGGAAGACACGUCAAGGUAUCAGAGACACAGUGCUCAAGAUGAGGUUAUCACUCAGGCACCUGUAUUUACGUUACCCGUACGGGAUAUUCGGGUGGCUGAAAAUCAGGCCGUUCAUUUCGAAGCACGAUUGAUCCCGGUUGGUGAUCCGAAAUUGAAGGUUCAGUGGUUAAGGAAUGGCGUACCCUUGGCAGCAUCAAAUCGCACAACAACCAUGCACGAUUUUGGAUAUGUCGCUUUGAACAUGAAAUAUGUUAAUCCCGAAGAUUCUGGCACCUACACUUGCAAAGCAGAAAAUGAAUUAGGUCAGGCAGUAACGUCCGCUUCGUUGAUAGUUCAAUCCAAAGCCGCCCUCCAAAUGGAGACACAGAAUGAAACUGCUCUGCAGAAGAUUCAUCAACUCGAAGAUACAUCACGCUAUCAACGUCGUGAAGAUGACGAAUCUAUCGUCACACAAGCACCCAGAUUUACGACCCAACUAAACGGUCCUACAAAUCUCUGCGAAGGACAAAGUGCUCACUACGAAUGUCGCAUUGAACCUUAUCCAGAUCCGAACCUCAAAGUAGAAUGGUUCCACAACGGUCAACCAUUGCAAACGGGUCACCGUUUCCGCACAACUUGUGACUUUGGAUUCGCCGCUUUGGACGUAUUAACUGUAUACGGUGAAGAUAGCGGUGAAUAUACAUGCGUCGCCACCAAUCAAUUGGGACAGGCUCAAUCCUCGAUCAGAUUGAAUGUUCAGCCACGUGCUGGCAUUAUUCGAGAAACACAGCAUGAAGGAGCUCUGGAGAAGAUUCAUUAUCUGGAGAAUGAUUCACGUUAUCGACGCAAAACCGAUGACGAACAAUUCGUCGCUGAAAAGCCUCAGUUCGGUCGCCCACUUAAGAAUGCUGUGGUUCAGGAAGGAAAACCGGUUCACUUAGAGGCGACACUUACACCGGUCAAUGACCCGACAAUGAGAGUUGAAUGGUAUUGCAACGGCCGACCGAUACCACAAGGUCAUCGUUUCAAGACCACGUACGAUUUUGGUUUCGUUGCUUUGGACAUUUUGUAUGCCCAUGCUGAGGAUACAGGCACCUACAGUUGUAGAGCUAAAAACGCUGUCGGAGAAGCAGUCACGACAUGCUCGGUUUCUGCUACUGCCAAUUCUGGCCUAUACUUGGACACUCUAGACGAGCAACGCUUGCGAAAGAUUAGAGAACUCGAAAACUACCAAAAACCAAUCACACCCGAAGUAGAGGAGCAAGGACAGAAACCGGUGUUCCUUACGCCAUUGGCAAAUUUGGAAAAUUUGAAGGAGGGAGAUCAUGCUCAUUUGGAAUGUCGUGUGGAGCCGAUCAAUGAUCCGAACCUCAAAAUCGAGUGGUACAUCAAUGGCAAAGCAAUUCGAGCUGGACAUCGAUUCCGUACUACGCAUGAUUUUGGAUACGUUGCUCUGGAUGUUCUUUAUGUAUACGGCGAGGAUACCGGAACCUACAUUUGCCGAGCUACCAACGCACUUGGAGAAGCAAUGAACACGUGCGACGUUCGAAUUAUGAAUAGACGAAGCAUCAUCCUGGACACUCAACACCCAGACGGAUUAGAGAAAAUUCAAAAACUCGAAUCCAAGGGUCAAACUUAUCGCAGCGAAAUCGCUGAACUACCAAUCAGUCCUCCCAGAUUUGUUACCGAACUUCGUGGACCAUCAGAAAUUCACGAAGGACAAACUGCUCACUUUGAAGCUCAAGUCGAACCAAUCCACGAUCCAAACUUACGCAUCGAAUUCUAUCACAACGGUAAACCACUGCCGUCCGCUUCACGCUUCCACAUUACUUUCGAUUUUGGCUAUGUGGCUCUCGAUCUUACACACGCUGUUGCCGCAGACGCUGGUGAAUAUACAGUGAGAGCUGUGAAUGCAUUGGGUCAAUGUAAAUCAUCAACCACAAUGAAAGUGAUUACUCGUGGUGGAAUUAUAACCGAGCCACAACGUCCUGAAGGCUUGGAACAGAUUCUGAAACUGGAGAGUCAUCAACCGUUCCAACGACCACAAAUUGAAGAUCCAAUCACUCGUCAGCGUCCAGUAUUCACUCAGCCUUUACAAAACAUUGAUUCUAUUCCAGAAGGUCAAACAGCUCACUUCGAAUGCCGUCUGAUUCCAGUCGGUGAUCCGAAUCUCAAGGUUGAAUGGUUCCGUAAUGAAAAACCAAUCGAAGACAGCUCUCGUAUCACUACUCAGCAUGAUUUCGGUUUCGUGUCCAUGGAUAUAUCACAUAUUCGUGAUGAUGAUCAAGGCGUAUACAUGUGUCGCGCCACAAAUCCUUUGGGUGAAGCCGUUACCACUGCAUCGAUGAGAGUACGCACAAAGGCAAGCAUUCAGUUGGAUUCACAGCAUCCAGAAAGUGUGCGCCGACUACAGCAAUUGGAACAAUUGCCAGAGACGCGACCAGAUGCUCCAGAACGUGUGUUCGAAAAGCCAAUAUUUACUCAGCUACUUACUGGACCAGCCGAACUUUGGGAGGGACAACACGCCCACUUCGAAGCUCGUGUCGUACCUGUUGGAGAUCCAAAUCUCCGCUUCGAAUGGUACGUCAAUGGAGUAGAAUUGAAGAUGGGAUCUCGAUUCCGUACCACACACGACUUUGGUUUCGUCUCUCUGGACAUCAAUUCGACCGUUGCUACUGAUUCCGGCGUCUACAUGUGCCGAGCAGUAAAUUUGGCUGGCGAAGCAGUUUCGUCAUCAGCAAUGAAAAUCAAAACACGAUCAUCGAUUGCUGGCGAAAGUUUGCUUCCCGAAUCUUGGCAGAAGAUUCAAAUGAAGGAAGCGGCAAUGAACCGUGUUCCGGAAAUGUUUAUCGACCAGAGUCCACAGCAGGCGCCAGUCUUUACAACACAUUUACAGAGCUACGACCAAUUGAAUGAAGGUCAACACAUUCAACUGGAAGCUCAAGUCGAACCAAGAGCUGAUCCGAACUUGAAAAUUGAAUGGUUCAAGAAUGGAAUGUCGUUAACAACAGGAGCUCGAAUUCGUAGCACCUUCGAUUUCGGAUUAGUUACAUUGUCCAUCAACGGACUCAGAAUGGACGAUUCUGCGAUUUACACUUGCGUCGCCAGGAACAGCAAAGGGGAAGCCGUCUCAACAGCUACUCUAAAAAUUGGUGGCUAUCCAAGCAUAAUGGGAGAUUCAUUGCAUCCAUCUGCAUUGCCACAAAUCGCUGCAUUGGAAGCACCUCGACAAGAUCGUCGAGAAACAGCGGAACCAGUCUUUGAAUCGCCAGUCUUCAUUACCCACUUGAACAAUGUGGAAUGUAAGGAGAACGACAACGUUCACUUCGAAUGUAACGUUGAGCCAUCGAAAGAUCCGACGAUGCAAAUUGAAUGGUUUGUCAAUGGAAAACAACUGCCAGCCGGAUCACGUUACAAGACUACUUACGACUUUGGAUACGUUGCUCUAGACGUUAUGGGUGCAUAUGCCGAAGAUUCUGGCAUAUACACAUGCAAAGCCACGAACAGCAAGGGCUCAGCAACAACAUCCGGAUCACUUCGAUGCAUUGGUUCGAAAUCGAUGUACUUGGACACACAACAUCCUCAAGGUAUCGCCGGUUUGGAAGCUGUUGAGGAAACCGAAGCAGCUAUUGCCAACAGAUAUCAACGACAAGCAUCUCGGCCCGAAAAGGAAUAUCCAAAACCUAUCUGGACUGUUCCAUUGCAACCGGAAUUCCACCUAUCCGAAGCUCAACCACUUCAUUUGGAAGCGCAAGUGGAACCAAAGGAAGAUCCAAAUCUCAAGAUCGAAUGGUACUUCAAUGGCAAAGUACUGGAACAUGGAUCUCGCUUUAAGAUGACAAGCGAAUUCGGAUUUGUUACGUUAGACCUGACUGAAGUCUAUGAACGCGAUCAGGGCAUCUACACGUGCAAGGCAUCCAAUUUGUCUGGCGAAGCAUUCACAUCGACCACUGUCUUCUGCUCCAGCAAAGAAAGUAUUAUUGAGCAGACCCAACAUCCGAUGGGAACGCAAGGAUUGGAAACGAUUCAGAAUUUGGAAGAGUCUCUUCGCCGUGGAGAAGGUCAAGCCGUUGGACCAGAAGAAGGUCAUGCACCACGAUUCACCUCAGAAUUCACUUCACUGUCCAACAUUGGGGAAGGAGAAAUCGCACAUUUCGAAGCGUCACUCAUUCCUACCGGUGAUCAGUCUAUGGUUGUCGAAUGGUUCUACAAUGGAAAGACCUUGGACGCUAGUCAUAGAUUUAGAACUGUCUAUGCUUUCGGCAUGGUAGUUCUCGAAGUAUUGGGAACUAAGAUUGAGGAUUCUGGAACAUAUGUUUGCCGCGCUACAAACAAAUGGGGACAGGCAGAAAUUAGUGUCACUCUGGGUUGCGUAGAUAAAUCCGGUGGUCAACCACCAAAGUUCACAUCUCAAAUUCAAAGCUUAGGUGGUUUGAAAGAUGGACAAUCCGCUCAUUUCGAAUGCACUUUGGUACCAGUUGGUGAUCCAGAUAUGAAAGUCGAAUGGUUCAUGAAUGGUAAACCAAUUCGCCAUUCUACACGCAUUAAACCUGUGUCCGACUUCGGCUAUGUUUUACUGGACAUUGCAUACGUUCAGAGCCAUGAUUCUGGUGAAUAUGUGUGUCGUGCUUCGAACAAAUACGGAGAAGACUUUACCAAGGCUACCAUUGAAUGCUUCGGCAAGAGUGGAGUAUUUUACGACAGUCUACAGCCGGAAUCUCUUGCUAGAAUCAGAGAACUCGAAAAUGCAUAUGCUGGACAACAAUCAGCUGUCCCAUCCACUCCAAUCGGUGAAGCACCCAAAUUCACCACACAAAUUGUGGAAAUUUCGAAACUCGUUGAGGGACAAAGCGCUCACUUCGAGGCCAGACUUACACCAAUGACUGAUCCUGAUUUGGUUGUGGAAUGGUACUACAACGGAAGAAAGCUGCCGCAUGGUCAUCGCUACCGAACUUUCCACGAUUUCGGUAUAGUCAUUCUCGAUAUUCUUUACUGCUACGAAGAAAAUUCAGGCGUAUACGAAUGUCGUGCCACAAACAAAUAUGGUUCUGAUGUUACAAAGGCUACACUCAGAUGUCUAUCGAAGGCUAAUUUAAUUUUGGACUCGCAACUCCCGCGAGGCAUGGAAGGUGGAUUGGAGAAGAUUCAAACUCUGGAAGACUCGUUGGUUCGUACGAAAGACGAUCGUGUUACUGAACUAGGAGGUCGUGCCCCGGUUUUCACUGCUCCGUUGUCGAACGUCGAUAGCCUACGAGAAGGUGAAAAUGUUCACUUCGAAGCUCGUGUCAUACCGACAGAUGAUCCACGACUUAAGGUUGAAUGGUUCUGGAAUGGAAAACCGCUGAAGGCAGGAUCUCGAUUCCGAACAUUCUGUGACUUCGGAUUCGUUAUUUUGGAAAUUUCUCCAGUUUACCCGGAAGAUAGUGGGGACUACACAUGCUACGCUAUAAACGACUAUGGUGAAGCCGUAACAACAGCAACAAUGAAAGUGCAAGGAAAACGAAGCAUUAUUUUGGAAUCUCAACUACCGGCUGGUAUGGAAGGAACUAUUGAACGUAUCGCUGAAUUGGAAGGAUAUGGAAUGGCACCGCAAAUCGCACCGGAAGAGGAUUCUGGCAAACCACCAGAAUUCGUUACAACUCCAGCCGAUUUAACAAUUGGAGAGAAUCAAUUGGCUCACUUCGAGUGCCGUCUCACACCAAUCAAUGACCCAAGUAUGCGAGUCGAAUGGUAUCAUAAUGGCAAAGCUUUAUGGUCAGGCUCUCGCAUCAAAACCAUUAAUGACUUUGGUUUUGUUAUUCUUGAAAUUGCUGGAUGCUAUCAACGUGACUCGGGAUUGUACUCGUGCAAAGCUACCAACAAACAUGGCGAAGCAACUGUCUCCUGUAAAUUGUCGGUGAAAGGACGUCAAGGAAUUAUCAUGGAACCACAACUGCCAUCUAAUUUCCGAACCGGCACCGAAAGUCUUCAACGAUUGGAAGAAAGUCUUCACAAACAAGAAGAGAUUUUCUCCGACGAGGAGAAACCGAAUCCUCCUCACUUCACCGUUGAAAUCGCCGACAAUCUGGAUAUUCCAGAAGGUGGCCCAGUUCACUUCGAUUGUCGCGUUGAACCGAUUGGCGAUCCUACUAUGAGAAUCGACUGGUUCUUCAACGGUCGCCCGCUAAACACAGGCUCAAGAAUUCACAUGUUGAACGACUUCGGUUUCAUUGCAUUGGACAUGGACUACGCAUAUGCAAGAGAUUCAGGCGAAUAUCUAUGUAGAGCCACGAACAGAUGGGGCACAGCAACCACAGUGGCAAAUGUUUCUUGUAUUGGACGGCAUGGAAUUAUUUCGGAAUCACAAUUACCGGACGGUAUGACAGCUGAACGGCUCAAAGAUUUGGAACGCGGACCAGUAAGUGUCGCUCCGAAGGAAGAUGAGCAAAUGGGACCACCACGUUUCCUCAGUCAAAUUGAAUCGGCAACCGUUGAAGAGGCUGAAAGCAUUCGUUUCGAAUGUCGGGUGGAACCGAAAGACGAUCCAAGACUUCGAAUUGAAUGGUAUCGCAAUGGCAAACUGUUGCCGUCUGGACAUCGUUACAGAAACGUUUACGAUUUGGGAUUCGUUUCGCUGGACAUUCUGUACGUUUAUGGUGAGGACUCAGGAGAGUAUGUGUGUCGCGCCGUUAACGACUAUGGCGAAGCUUUCACCAAAGCGUCGAUUUCGUGCAAACAACUACCUUCAAUCAUCCUACAAAACCAAGUGCCAAAGGGCAUGAAGCGAUCAGAAACACUAAUGCAAAUGGAAGCUGCCGUCAAGAAAUACACAUCCGAAGUUUUCUUAACCGAAGAUGACCUGUAUGACUCUGAGAAGAGACAACCACCACGAUUCGUCACUCAAAUUCUGGAUCAAACCAAUUUGAUCGAACGGCAGACUACCAAAUUUGAAUGUCAAUUAGCCCCAGUUGGUGAUCCUAACAUGAAGGUCGAGUGGUUCUUCAACGGAAAACCAUUGCAUCACAAGAAUCGUCUGACUCCAAUUUAUGAUUUCGGCUAUGUUGCCAUGAACUUUUCGUGGGUAUACCCUGAGGACAGCGGUGAAUAUGUUUGCCGUGCCACCAAUCUGUACGGUAUGGAUGAAACUCGAGCUGUAAUCAAGACUGCUGGAACACCUGGCAUCAUCUACGAAUCACAAUUACCCAAACACAUGAAGAGUAUUGAGAAGAUUCGUGAAAUGGAAGCGUCAUGGCAAGUUGUACCGGAAGCACCAGAUGAAGAUGCUAAGCCGAAAUGUGCGCCAGUUUUCGUUAGUAAACCAGAACCGGUUACUGUUGAAGAAGGUGAAUGGGCACGAUUCUGUGCUCGUGUUACUGGCCAUCCAAGACCACGUGUCAUGUGGUUGGUUAAUGGACAUACUGUAGUCAAUGGAUCGCGUUACAAACUGACCUACGAUGGCAUGUACCACUUGGACAUACCAAAGACCCGUCAAUAUGACACUGGUAAAAUUGAAGUAAUUGCUCGAAGCUCUGUGGGAGAGGCCCUAGCUACAACAGAUCUUACGGUUGUUCAACGUAAAGAUGACUAUCGCGGCGUACUAAAGAAUUCGCCGAGACCAUGGUACGAUUAUGAUCUAGUCCAAUACCAGAAGGAACGUGAAGAUACCGAACUCGAAAAGACGUUUGAGGAACGCAAACAGUACUUGGCCGAACAGAGCCAAGGUGGACGGGAAAUCGUUGCCGAACAUUUGAAACAGAAAAUGCCGCAAAAAGUUGAACCAGCCUGGACCCAGGCCGUAAAAGAUAAGAAAACUGGAGAUUAUUACAACAAACUUCAGGAAUUGGAAACCGAUCAAUUGUUGAGAGAAACGAAAUUGCGCGAGGAGAGCCACCAAUUUGCAAUUCCUGGCGAAAAGGUUGUCAACAGCUCAAUGGCAAAGGGAAUGGCAUCGAAAUAUGAGCAAAAUCUUGAACGCGAAGACAUUGUAGAUCAACGAACAAAUACAGUGGUCAAACGAGUGCAGAAAGUUGCACCACCUGAACCACUUGAAUCAUCCGUCCAUGGACGUGAAGUUCAUGUGAACAAACAGAAGCAAGUCCAAAAGCAAACGGUUGGCGAUCUUGAAAUCACACGUAAGAUCACAGCCACCGAAACAACAGAAGUUGAGCAUAAAGGAACAACUCAAGAACGUGUCGUCGAAGGACCAGUCAAACCAGCCAAAGCACCAUUCUUCACCAAGAAAAUCCAGCCAUGCCGCGUAUUUGAAAACGAGCAAGCACGCUUCGAAGUCGAAUUCGACGGAGACCCAAUCCCGACUGUGAAAUGGUUCCGUGAAAACUUCUUGAUCCAGAACUCUUCCGACUUCCAGAUUCAUACAUUUGGAACGAAAUCGGUUCUGAUUAUACGUCAAGUCUUCUCUGAAGAUUCUGCAGUUUUUGCGGCCAUUGCUGAGAAUCGUGGUGGUACCGCUAAAUGCAGUGCCAAUCUUGUGGUUGAAGAAAGGAAACAACAAGGAAAAGGUGGUGCUGUUCCACCCAGUUUCUUAACAACAAUUCAAGAUGCUAACGUCACCGAAGGACAACUAGCUCGAUUCGAUGUACGCGUUAACGGUACAAAGCCAAUGGACGUUUAUUGGUUGAAGAACGGACGCAAAAUAACGCCAAAUAUUAAGUAUAAGACCGUGGAGGAAGACAACAACUACACACUCUUGAUUAUCGAAGCAUACCAGGAUGACACUGGCAAAUACGAAUGCGUUGCUGUCAAUAACGCAGGUGAAGCGAGAUGCGAUGCCGAAUGUUUCGUCCGUUCGUCGGUAACACCAGCAAAGAAGGAAGUAAUUGCACCCGGCUCCGAAAAAACACCGACUGUAAUUGAACCACUUAGAGAUCAAACUAUUGCCGAAGGAGCAUCGGUCAUCUUCAAGUGUCGCGUCAUCGGUAAGCCAAAUCCAGCUGCACAGUGGUACAAGGGAAACAACAUCAUCAAACAGUCGAAAUUCUUCAAAAUGAAUCGUGACGGCGAAUAUUACAGCCUUAGAAUAUCGGAGGCAUUCCCGGAGGACGAGGGAACAUACAAAUGUGAACUCUCGAAUUCGGUUGGCCAAGUAUCCACUAGUGCCAAGUUGAAGGUGCUAGCACCCGAACCACAAGAAACGUUACCAACAUUGACGCCAUUGAAAGAUUUGAUAGUGGAAGAAGGAAAUCCAGCACAAUUUCAAACGACAAUAUCUGGAAAGACCAAAGCAACAAACGUGCAAUGGUUCCGUGAUGGGGCAUUGAUUCCAGAGUCACCAGACUUCCAGAUGAUUUACGAUGGAAAUAAUGCGGUUCUACUCAUCGGCACCACAUACGAAGAGGAUACCGGCAUAUUUACUUGUAGAGUUACGUCCACGGCCGGACAGGUGAAAACGUCAGCCAAAUUGACCGUUAAAAGACGAACGAAGUCUACACACCACUUACAGGUCUAUCAAACCGAUGAACAACAACAAUUUCAACCAAAUUUUCCACACCAGCAACAACAGAAUAUGUUCCAGCAACAACAAAAUCAGUUCGGAGGACAACAGUAUUAUCAAGGAGGCCAUCAGCCCGCCGAUAGUGAAUAUAUGCCAAGAGGCGAUGAAACGUUACCGUGGCGUCGGCCAAAACCAUCGAAAAUACGAAGUCGCAGCUUACAGCCUAGAGAACGCAAUAUCGAAGAUUAUCCAUGGUUACGUCAACGACGCGAUCGAUCUGUACCUAAACAAGAAACAUUUUUGCGUGGACAACAUAGGGAACCGAUACGACCAUGGAUAGAGGAAGUGAUUUGCUUGAAACGAGCGCAAAUUAAACGCAAAAUCAUAGAACACGAGCAAUUAGAAAAGGUGUUCCUCAAAGCUAGCCAAAUCGAACGUCGUGAGAUUAUUCGCGAGCAACUGCAAAAGAUAGAUUUGAAAUGUGUUCAGAAAUACUUUGAAACAGCAAAUAUGACAAACAUUUUGGCAGAAAUUCAGGAAAGUCUGGUUUCGGGAGAAAUUGACGAUAAUAAAUUGCAACAACUGAAAAGGGUCGAAGAAAUUUCGAUUUUGGAACUAACCCGACAAAUCGAUGAUUUGGUGAAGAAGGACACAAAUGCACGGGCUGAAAUAAAGGAUCAACAACGAGUCGGUAAAAGUGAAGAGAUUGUCUUCAAAGACACGCUAACCAGCGUCGAAGAUGCAACUGCUAUGCGUCUGAAAACGCUAGACCAGAUCGAUUUACGGCAAAUUCAGCAACAGGAAGUAGCAGUACCUUGGGAACGUGGUCGUAAGAGAACAGUAGAUAAGAGUCAUCUAGCUGUGUCACACACUGAAGAGUCAACCUUGCUAACAUUGGACAAGAGCUUACAAGUUCAGACUAAACAAAUUGUACAAAUGCCACAUGAACAACCACUUGCUUGGCGGCGAGGAGGUCCUAGAUCACAAGGCGGAACUUCGUCGCAGAUUGAAGAUUCUACAGAAUUGAAUAUUGAUCAAUCGAUGAAUGUUAUUCAAAAUCAACAAAUAAUUGAACAACCAGUGGCAUGGAGAAGAGGACCAAAGAAACCAGAAGAACCGACCUUAUCAUACGUUGAGGAUUCCACAAUGUUAAGUGUUGAUCAAUCGAUGAAUCUCAUUCAAAAUGAGCAAAUAAUUGAACAACCAGUAGCUUGGAGGAGAGGACCUAGAAAACCAGAAGAACCGACUUUAUCGUACGUUGAGGACACCACAAUGUUGAGUGUUGAUCAGUCAAUUAAUGUCGCUCAAAAUGAACAAAUGAUUGAACAACCAGUGGCGUGGCGACGAGGACCGAAGAAACCAGAAGAACCGACUUUGUCGUACGUUGAAGAUUCUACAAUGUUGAGUGUUGAUCAACCUGACAAUGUAGUUUACGACCAACAAAUUAUUGAACAACCUGUUGCAUGGAGAAGAGGGCCAAAACAACCCGAGCCAGUAAAGUCCCAUGUUGAAGACGCAAAUAUUUUAACAGUUGACACCGCCGAAGACGUCGAGCAAUUGGAAGAAACGCCAGUCGCAUGGAGAAGAGGUAAAAAACCACAACAGCCUCAAGAAGUUGCCCAGCCUACAGAACCGGAAGUUACACAAGAGGCUGAAAAGACUUUGCCAUGGAUGAGAGGAAAGAAACAAAAACCGAAAGAAAAGGAACCAGUCGAACAAGUUCAAUUGAAGCCAAUUCCCAGGAAACCAUUGGUUCCCAAGCAGCAGCAACAAGAACAACAAGAAGAAGCGGUUGAUGAAAUUCAACCGGAGCCUGUCGAACCUAAAGAAACAGAACCACAACAACCAGCUGAAGGCGUCCCUUGGAGACGUGGAAAGAAGCAGAAGCCAGUAGAAGUUGUUGAGCAGAAGCCAGAAGAGCCUACAGAGGAGCUUCAAGAAGAAGAAGAAGAAAUAGAAGAAGAAGAAAUUCUAGAGCAACCGCAACAAAAGAGUGUCAAGCCUAAAAAGAAGAUAUCGAAAAAGAAGAAACUUAAGCACACGGAAUCGGAAUCUGUCGAGGAAAUUCCCGAUGAAGACAUACCCGUUAGUCAGCCAACUGAAACAAUUGUUCCUGACGAGGUCACAGAGACUGUUGCCGAAACUGAACCAGUUAAGCAGUUUAUCUUGAAAGAAGUAAAGGAAACGAAGGAAGUAGUAGAGAAGAAAAAAGUGAAAGUGAUUAAGUUAGACACUCCUCAGGAAAACGUUGAAGAUAUUCCAGAUGAAGAAGUACCUGUCGAAGAAGCUGAAGUUGUGGAAGAGCCUGAUGAUACUCAAUCGGCUACCGUUGAAAAGGUCGAUGUGAAGAAGAAGAAAAUAAUUAAAAAGAAAGUCAAGAAACAGAAAUCGGUUGCAUUUAACGACGAGCUACAAACGUUUGAAGCUGAACAAAUCGAUGACGAGACUCUUAUCGAGGAAUCACAGACUAGUAUUCAGCUCAAGCAGGGUGAAGUGAAACCUCUAACGGUUGAAGAUGAAGAGGAAAUCGAAGAACUUGAAUAUGACGAUGAUUUCAAGAAGGAAAUGGAAGUGAAAAUGACAUCAAACAUAAUAAAGAAAAACAAGAAACGCAUUCACAUUGACGAUAGUCAACCAUUGCCUGAACUUGAACUAAUAACACAAAAGAGAGUACAAGAAGUUAUUGAUAAAGUAGCCGAAGAGGAGGUCAUUGAAGAUCAGUUAAUCAAAGAUGUCGAGGAAUCUGUAAGCAAUGUAACAUUGCCAGAAAAGAAACUUGUUAAAACAAAACCGGCUGUGAUAAAACCACCACGCUUCAUUAAGAAAUUGCAGCCGGCGUCAUGCCAGCCGGAUCAGCCAGCCGUUCUGCAAUGCAAGAUCGAUGGUGCCCCAUAUCCAAUAAUCAAAUGGUAUUUCAACGAUCACGAGCUGUUCGCGUCCGAGAAGUACAUAAUGAACGUGGUCGAAAAGGUGGCCACUCUGGAGAUUGCUCGUGUGACACCAAUGGACGUAGGAAUCUACGUUUGCCAAGCAAAGAACGAAGCUGGAGUGGCAACUUCCCGCACAAAUCUAGCAUUGGAAAAAGAAGAAGGCAUACCGCCAUCAUUCGUAAAUCCAAUGAAAAUCGAAUAUACCACGGAGGAGAAUAAAGCAACAAUAACUUGUCGUAUCGACGGAAAGCCAAUGCCGGACAUAGAAUGGUACAAGGGAGAUGAGAUUGUUGUGCCCACAGAAACGUGUCAACAACUGUUCGAUGAACAAACUGGCGACGCUGCAUUGGUCAUUUAUGAACCGAUACCAAACGAAAUUACUACGUACACCGUUAAAGCGGUAAAUGAGUUUGGUCGAGCUGUUGGCAAGGCUCAAUUAUUUGUUGAGGACAGUCAACCGAUAACGCAAGAUAAACCGGAAAUAGUUCGAUCACCGAGAGUGACACCACUAGAGGCUCAAAUUGUACGAACUGGUUCGACAUUAGUUCUCAAAUCCAAUUUUACUGGUAUACCUGAGCCUGAGAUUAAAUGGCUCAAAAAUGGCAAGGAAUUGGUUAUUGACGACGAUGUAACUAUUGUCACGAAUAACAGUAUCAGUAUGGUUACGAUAAAGAAUAUGAAUCGAAAGAGGGCCGGAAAAUAUGAAAUUGUAGCUAUCAAUAAAGCUGGUGAAGCGAGAUCUUCCGGAUCAGUGGUUGUCUCCGAUAGCAAGGAUUCUGAUGAACUUCGAGCACCGCGUUUCAUUCAACCUCUCGUACCGAAAACUGUCUUAGAAAACGACGUUGUGAUCAUGGAGGCUACUGUAGAAUCUUUUCCCACCUCAUCGUUCCAAUGGUUCGUAAAUUCAACAGCCGUGAAAAGUGCCGACGACUUGCGAGUUGUUGCCAAAGAAAACAAAUCGAUUUUGAUUAUUGAAUCGUUCCAAAAGACCCACACUGGAAUGUAUAUGUGUCGAGCCGAAAACGUGGCUGGUUCAGUAACAUCCACAGCCAGUGUUAAAAUAGUAGAAGAACCACAGCUCGAAGAAGUUAGCGAAUUUAUUUCGCCACGAUUUGUCGAAAAAUUGAAACCCGUUCAAUUGAUGGACGGCGAACAGUUGAAUUUGACAUGCAAAGUUAUUGCUAAUCCAACGCCGAAGAUUUUGUGGUUCCGCAAUGAACAACCGUUGCUCGAAAGUAAGGGAACAACAAUCUCACAGGAAGCGAAUGGAAUAUGCUCCUUGACCAUUUCGGAAGUAUUUCCCGAAGACGCUGGAGAGUAUACAUGCCAUGCCUCGAAUAAAAUUGGCGAAGCUAUAAAUAGUGUUUCGGUAUCGGUUGAAGCUUUCGAGUAUGUUCCUGACUCAGAAAUAACUGGUCCGACUGCGCAAAGUGGAAGCGAAGAAGAUUUAUUGGACAAGACACUGUCGUUUGAAGAGAUGCCAGAAUUUCCACCGAAAAUACUUAAAGAUUUACCGGAACAGACGAUUCCGAAACCCGGCGAAGUGACUAAAUUAGAAGUAAAAGUAGCUGGCAAACCGAAACCGAAGGUCAAAUGGUUUAAAGAGAAGGAACUCAUUCAACCAUCUGAAGAAUAUCAAAUCGAAGAGUUCGAUGACGGAACAUCGGUGUUGGUUAUAAACAAUGUAUACCCAGAUGAUCAAGGAGAGAUAACAUUUGAGGCACAUAAUCCACUUGGAGUGGCUGUAACUACAACGGAACUAUCAGUUGAAGAAAUCGUUGGAACUAAAGAAUACAGAAAACCAGAAUGGGUGACUCACAUGGAACAAAUGCAAGAAGCUCUAAAAGCCGCAAAGACAGCACCCUCGUUCGCAAUGGAAAUAAAAGAUCAACGUGCAGCCGUAGGUGAAUCAGCCAAAUUUAUUUGUAAAUUCGCUGGUACACCACGCCCAGAAAUUCUCUGGUAUCACAACAAUCAUCUUAUUAAGUCGAAAAAUUCGUAUAAAAUUGAUGUCGAUUACGAUCGCUUCGAAUCAACUUUGACAAUAGUAUGCGCCUCGCAAGAAAGUGAAGGCUUUUACCAGUGUAAGGCCGUUAAUGAUAUAUCAACAACUGUGACGAUGGCCAAAUUCUCACUGUCGUCAACAUCAUCUAAGGAAACGACAACAUCAGUUACGAAAACUGAAACUGAAACAAAAGUCUUAAAAGAGAAAACCAAAAAAGUGAAGAAAAUUGUUAAAAAGAAAACUGAAAACGAAGCGACAAAAUUGCACAAAAGCGAAUUAAGUAUUACGCCUACGCAAAAUGUAGUUGUGAAAGAGGAGACGAAAAAAUCUGCAGCCUCAUCAUCUUCGAGUAACACAGUUAAAAUCGUCAAAUCAACGAACAUUUCGGAGCACGAAAAUAUCGAAAUUCAUGAAGAAAUCGAAGAAAUUCGCAUUAAAAUCUACAAGGAAUUAAUUUCCGAAGAAGAUUUAAGAAAUUUCAAAAUUGCUGACGAAGUCAAUGAAGUGCUCGAUAUGAUUGAAGCGAGUAAAUUUGGUUCUGGCGAAAUGCCACUGAGAGAAUUGGCUACCAUUGGCUAUCUGGUGCAAAGGGGAAUAACAGUUAACGAAGUCACUCAUUUAUACAAUGCGGAUUCGUUCCCAGCACUAAAAUAUCCAGAAUCGCAGGCUGCACUCGUCCAACUAGUCGAGCGUGAAGGUCAUGGAACUUUGAUUUCUGAAGUUAUGACCGAAGAGACUGUAAUGGAUGAACAAGAACUGGCUGCUACAGUUGGAUUCAGAGCAUUCAUGCGAAUGAUCGAACAGAGUCACAUUACAAUUGAAGAAGUAAUUACGAAUUUCAAGCAAGAGGAUUUCAUAACACAUGAAUGGAAACACGGUGAAGCUAGAGAAAGAAUUGUUGAGUCUGAAGGAAGUGUAUGUUCUAGAGAAGUUUUAUCAACUGUUUCAGAGGAGACGGUUAUUGAGAAUCGUGAUGUAACAACAAUUCGUGAAGAAAGCGUCAGGGUUGAUCAGCACCAAGUUAGCGUCGAACAACAAAAAGUUGUUGCCAAAAAGAAACAAAAAACAAAAACCACACACAAGACAGAAAUUGAACAAGAUGCGUUAGAGGUUCAAGUCGAUCGGAAAGUCUCAAAAGAAUUAACUCCUAGUUCGAAUGAUGAGUUCUUAAAAGAAGAAGUGGUUACAGAUUUUGAAGUAGAAUCAAUGAAACCGGUUAAUCAAUUGCCAACAAAUGUUCCCAUUGAACAUACGGAAAUUGUUGGUUUAAAUAAAAUUGCCAACAUUGGUCCACAAGCAGCUACAAAGGCUCAAGCAGAAGUUAAGGUUUUGCAUCAAUCUUCAGCAAUUACUGAAGAAAUUGUAGCUACUGAGAGUGAAGAACAAUCUAUUUUUGCAACAAAGAGACAAGAGCAAAAAGUUUCGACAACAACAUCUCCCCUAGAAUCGUUACAAAUAUCAGAAAUUGAGCUUAAAGACACUAUUUCUGAAAUUUUACCGUCUGUACCAGAGCCUAAACAGCAAACUCGUACAGAAUAUGUACCUAAUCAGUCGAUUAUUAUUACCGAAUCAAACACAACCGACACAGUUGGUGAUUUUGUCUCAGUGAAAAGUAUAGAAACUAAAGCUAGCGUGGAGUUUUCCGUUCAUGAUGCAAAAGUUAUUUCGGAAGCAAUAGUGUCUCAUCAAGAGAAAGAAAUGGAAAGCAAGACCCAACCGACAAAAGUUCUAGCCACCGAAGACAUAACGCCAGUGGAAGGAAUAGAAAUUACAGAAGUACAUAAAGCUGAAACUGAGAAGGAACUACCAAUGAAUAUAAAAACACAUCCAGCUCAAGCAACACGUAGCAUACCCGAAUCAGAAUACAUGGAAGUAACUGAAAUAUUUUCAGAAGAUAAAGAAUCAAAAUAUUAUCCCGAACUUGUAGUUGCUACAGAAAUUGCUACGAAAGCUUUCGUACCGCAAAAGCCUUACAUUACCGAAGAAACAAACGCUCCGGAAAAAGAGGACAUAUAUGUACCGGGGCGGUUACCACCCCAACAAUUGGCUAAUAUUUCAUUAAAAUCUGUUGAAUCAAUUACAGUGUGUCAAGCUACCGUACAAGAUACAGAAAAAGAGUUUAGUGGAUCAUUCAUUCCAGAAUCAGUAAAUGUAACUGAAGAAUUUACAACAUUCGAGAGCAUUACGACAUCGAUUGUUGAUUCACAGCAAAGUGAAACCAAAUUUGAAAAAAUUGAUGUAGACGAAAAGAAAGCAAAUGUUGAUUACUCAGAAAAUAUAACAGUUUCGACUUCUGAAAUAAACGUUGCCGAGGCGGAAGAAAAGCUACUCACACCAACUGAAGUUAAAUCAAUACAGCCCAAUUUCAACUAUUCUUCAAUGCCAAUACCCGAUAUUUUACAGCCAAUUAUUCACGAACGCGAAGAUGAUUUUGUGGCUCUUAAACAACCGAAGACUCAAAUUGGAAAACAAAUAAUUGAACCAUCCGAUGCUUUUGAAACUCAGGACACUUAUCCGUUAAGUGACGUCAUACCUUUAGAAGGAAAACCAGAAGUUAAAGGUAGUGAGGCAUCAUUUAGUUACCAAUUAUACGAAUCAAGCGAAGUAAUAACCACUGUUUCACACGACAAAGAAACCGAUUUCACAACAAAACCAACCUCUGAGUCAACAACAGCUAUGCCUAUUGUUGACACGCAACGGUCCAUCGAGGUAAUGAGUCAGGAAGCCGCAGAGAGAGAAGAGAUCUUUCACCCGCAUGAAAUGUUGGCUUCACAUCAGGCGACUGUUAAUCCUACACAUGCUUUGAAAUCAGUUGUGGUUGAUGAGAUCGAAAUUUCACACAGUGUAGACAAUGUUGUCGUCGACGUGCCUAGUACAACAAACGCUAAGGAGGUAAACACACAGAUGAAUGAAACAAUGACCACCGAAGUAACGCCUUUCGAAGGACUGACCUACUUAAAGGAUAAAGAUGCACCCGAAACACACCUUGCGGACACAUCUUGGAACACGCAAAGAUACAUUGAGAUUAUUGAGCAAAUGACAUCAGAAAAAGAAGAUCAAUUGAAUGUUGAUGCUAGAUCUGAAAGUCAAAAUGCAAGAACAGUGCCAUCUGAUACAUACAAGUCGAUUGUUGUAGAAGAGACUCAAUCUGCAAUGAGUACAUAUGAUGUAAAAAUCGAAAGUGCACCAUCAACAAAAGCAAAGCUCGUUACCGAUGAAAUGGAACAGACACAUAUAUCGGAAACUACUGCAUUUGAGGACGCUGCUAGCAUUAAGCCAACUGAAAAGCCUGACUCCGUUGUUGCUACAAAAUCACUUGAUCUACAGAAAUCAAUUCUAGUAACAGCUCAUGAAGCUUCUGAAAAGGAAGAAAAAUUUGAAAAAAGUGAUUUCUUAGACAGCUGCCUAGCCAAACAAGUUCCAACACAACCAUUUUCUUCGUUGACUGUUGAAGAAGUUGAUGUACUCCAAGAAGCAACUCAACAGAAUCGUACAGAGCCAGUUACAUCGAAAGCUAAGGUUAAAAGUACGGAAGUAGAAGAAAUGAUAGUUUCUGAAGUGCAACCGUUUGAUAAUGUCACCAAUUUACACCCUAAGCAAUCUCCUGAAGGAGCCAGUGCUGUCGAAGUGUUGGACUAUAAAAAGUCGGUGGAGGUAACCCAACUUAUUGCUUCAGAACAUGAGAAACACUUCGAAAGAGAAACAAUCGAGAAACAGACCGCUAAAUCUUCGGCCUUAGACACACAUAAAUCUAUUAUUAUUGAAGAAGUUGAACCGUCGUUAAAUACAGAUAAGGUGAGGCCCACAGAGCUACCACAAACAACAGCGAAAGUUUUAAAUUCUGAAAUGGAAGAAAAACAUAUAACCGAAAUAGUUGCUUUUGAAGGAAUUACUCAGCUCAAACCCGAACCCAAGCUGCCAGAAAAUGUUGCAUAUCAGGUUUUAAGUGAAAUGCGUUCCAUUCAAAUUAGUGAACAUAAAACAGCUGAAAAAGAAGGUAUGUUCAAUGCUGAGAUUCCAGUCGUGAGUCAAAACGCCACUAGAAUACCAUCACAUUCUCUUAAAUCUGUGCAAGUAGAAGAAAUAGAACCGUUUAUCAAUGUGAGCGAUGUGAGAGCUGUCGAUAAGAUUGACACAUUUGCCAAAGCUACGUUUGAUGAACAACAAAGUUCAACAAUAAUUGAACCGGUUUCCUAUGAAGGAAUUAGUGAUAUCAAAGACUUGACUAAAGCAGAUAUGGCUACCGCAUUAAAAUCUCUGAAUAUGCAACAGUCUUUGCAAGUAUCGUCUCAGGUCUUAGUUGAUAAAGAAGGUAAAUUAGAUGAUAAAACCCCAGUAACUCAACAACAUGCAGAAUCAAUAGCUCCUCAGCCAUUGAGGUCUGCAAUUGUCGAAGAAACUGAACCUUCACAUAGUAUUUCAAACUAUGAAGGAUCUACGAGUCUAAGUGCAAGUGCAAAAGUUUGCAGUUUAAAUGCUGAAGAAACAACCGUAACGGAAACAAUCCCAUUAGAAGGAUUAUGUACAAUGAAUAUUUCCGAUUCACUAGAAGGGAAAAUUGCCACACCCACAAUAAGCGAACUGCGUCCUGUAACAGUUACUUCCACCGAAGUUUCAGACAAAGAGGCUACAUUUACUACUUCAACAACUGAAUCCUAUCAUGCAGGUGUAACUGAACUUGAUGUCAUGAAGUCAAUGAAUGUGGAAGAAACAAAGAUAAUAGAAUCUGUGGGAUCACUCGAUUACAGACCUCAGACAACCGAUCAGGCGAAAGUGGUUAGCCAAGACCAUCAUGAGAUGAAUAUUUCAGAUCUCAUAGCCUAUGAAAACACAUCAGACUUUACAGAAUCUAGAAACCUUGAUGAGAAAGUUGCUCACGCCGUUCAGGACAGUCAACAGUCUGUCAUUGUGGAGUAUACUGAACUGUCGGAACACGAAACGCAGCUAUCAAAAAAGAUUUUGACAGAUGAACAUGCCCAUCCAGUACCUGGUAGUCCCUACAAGGUGGCAAUUGUUGCAGAAGCAGAAAUAAAAGAAUCAACAAAUGAGUACAACAUUGAAAGCAUGUCUUCAAAUGCCGAGAUAAAGACAUCUGAACAUCAUGAAAUGACUACAAGCGAAACCAUUUCUUACGAAUUAGUAGAAGGCUCUGUUAAACAGCAAGAAGUUGUUACAAAAAAAGCAUUGGCUGUAAUCGAUGAGCAAUCACCCCUUCAGAUAACAUCAAAUGAAGCAGUUGACACGGAAAAAGAGUUCAUUACGAAGCCAGAGUUUGAAACCCACAAGGCUAAAAGCGUUGAGACAAAUGCGUUAACGACUGCUGUUUCAGAAGAAGUCGAACUAACUUAUGCACUUGAAGACAUAAGACAUACUACAGAUAGACUUGAAGUAGCUACAAUUCAACGUGGGCAAAUGGAAAUCGCCGGUACGUUUCACACAGUACCAUGCGACACAAUUGAUUCUUUCGAGAGUAGUGUCAAGCCCGAACAGAAAAUUGCUCAUUCUAUGCAAGAUGAACAUUCUUCUGUUCAAGUUUCAGCGCCAGCGACAUUUGAAAACGAACAAAAUUUUGUUGCUGCAAUCACCGAAAGCAAGAAAGCCACUCAUUCGUCUGAUAACAUCUUCAAAUCAAUUGCAGUAGAAGAAGUCACAGCCUCUGAUUCCACAAAACCAAUCGAAAAAGAUGGUACAAAGCCAGUUAUUUGUCAAUUGGUAGCGGACCAGUUGAACGAGACUAGGGUAACUGAAGUUACUCCAUAUGAAAUUGUCUCAGACGCCACAAUAACAUCUUUGGAUGCAAAAACAGCUUCUCAAACUAUUUUCUCUGAAAUGAAAUCGGUUUUGACGACAGAAACAUCAGUCAACGAAUCUGAAUCAGAUCUUCAAAGUAAAGAUAAUACACUUUUCAAUGCAAACAGGAUUAUAGUACCUAAACAAGUGCCGACGCAGGAAGAGGUUAUUCCAAUUGACACUAUGUCUCCCUUCAGUUAUUCUAAAGAAAAUCCUCAGUAUCCUCAGAUUAGCCAUACAAUAUCUGAAAGUUUGGCAACUGAGGAGGUAAAGGUUGGUGAAACUGUGGAAGAAUACAUGGUUGAAGAACUUCUGGGUACAAAAAUAGCAGGUACAGACUAUAGCGAGUAUAAGGCUGUCGAACAAACAGACGUCAGAGUCAUUGAGACAACUCAGAACCUUAACGUUGCUCAGCCGGAUGAUAAGGUAGCACAACUGCUUCAACAAGCAAGUGACGCAUUGAGUGUACAAUUUGUAGAAACUGAAACUAAAGAAGAGGAACUUAUAAUUACUGCAACAGAAAAGAAAACUGCAAGAACGACUGUUUCAGAAAAAGAAGUUGCAGAGACAUCUGAAAUAAUACCUACCAGUACGGUUCAACCUAUUGAAGUCAAGCUGCCAUUGCAAGAUGAAAGCACUAUAAGUGAGACCAUUGUUGAAAGAAAAUUACCGGUAAAAGAAGUGGUUGAAAUCCAAGAAACGGUAGAACAUAUCCUAAAACAAAACGAACAAAUUAGGAAAGCUACACCUAAUGUAAAAAAGAUGAAAGUUCCAGUAACAACAGAAAUCACAUCUGAAAAUACAAUCGAACCACUUCUUCAACAAGAAACUGUCAGUGAACAUGCAACUGAACACAAUGUAAUGACAUUUAGCAAAACUUCAGAGACUACCGAAAUAUCGGUAAAUGAAACAACAGAAACAUUAGAAAAACAAAUAAAUAAAAACAGACGAGCCUCACAAACGAUUGACACAUUAAAAACAUCGACUGUGGAAGUGGUUACGUGCAAUGACACUGUUCAAACGCUUGACAUACAACAAACGAUUCCAGUAAAACAUUCAGAAAUAACGCAGCAAGAGUCAAAGAACAUUUUACAAAUAAUCGAAGUCAAUGCCAAUGAGUUCACAGACGAAUACCGUCAAAAAUCGAUUGACAAUCAGCACUUUGCAAAUAUUUCUGAAACGGAAAAAAUUGAGUUUGCUAAAUCAAAACAGCCUAAUGUGCUGCGAGAUACAAACAAGAAGACACAAUCCAAAUCAAAACCAUCUACAAAACAGACACUCGAAACACUCACCACAGAUACACCACUCACAGAAUUACCGGAGGAAGUUACAAUAAUCGAAACAAAAUCAAAAGAUGGUCAAGUGAAGAAAAUGAUAGUUAAAAAGCGAACUAUAAAGAAAGUUAAGGGAUCGAAAGACGAAAUUACGCAAAUUCAAACCGUUGAGGAAGACGACAAAGAACCUGUUAGUACAAUAACUGUUGAAGAAUAUGAAAGAAUUCCCACAGCCACUGCUACAAGCGACACAAUUGAGGAACAACCAGAACAAAUCUCAAUAAUUGAAACAAGAGAUAAAGACGGAACAUCAAAAAAAACCAUUGUCAAGAAACGAGUAAUAAAAAAGAAAAAAGGCGCCAAAGAUGAGAUUACUGAAAUUCAAACAGUUGAAGAGGAAGGACAAACUCCUGUUACCACAGUCAAAGUUGAAAGCGUUGAGCAUGACUCACAAGAUGCCGCUUCAACUGUAGAAGUAGGCCCUGAACAAGUCACCGUUCUAGAGACAGAAACCGACGACGGAGUGUCGAAGAAAACUGUUAUUAAGAAACGAACGAUCAAAAAGAAGAAAGGACCCAAACAAGAAGUAACGGAAAUACAAACUGUUGAAGAAGAGGGAAAGGAACCUAUCACAACUGUCACUGUCGAGGAGACAGAAGCGUUGCCAGAUGAACAGCCAGAAGAAGCAGUUGCAGUUGAGACACCUGAACAAGUGACUGUACUAGAAACUAAAACUGAAGAUGGGAAGACGAAGAAAACUGUAAUCAAAAAGCGGAUCAUCAAAAAGAAAAAAGGGACGAAAGACGAAGUGACUGAAAUACAGACUGUCGAAGAGGAAGGACAAGCUCCGGUUACAACAGUGACUGUCGAAGAAACUGAACCUGAACCCGAACAGACAGAAACUACAGUUCAAGAAAGUCCUGAACAAGUCACCGUUCUAGAGACAGAAACCGACGACGGAGUGUCGAAGAAAACUGUUAUUAAGAAACGAACGAUCAAAAAGAAGAAAGGACCCAAACAAGAAGUGACGGAAAUCCAAACUGUUGAAGAAGAGGGAAAGGAACCUAUCACAACUGUCACUGUCGAGGAGACAGAAGCGUUGCCAGAUGAACAGCCAGAAGAAGCAGUUGCAGUCGAGACACCUGAACAAGUGACUGUACUAGAAACUAAAACUGAAGAUGGAAAGACGAAGAAAACUGUAAUCAAAAAGCGGAUCAUCAAAAAGAAAAAGGGGGCGAAAGACGAAGUGACUGAAAUACAGACUGUCGAAGAGGAAGGACAGGCCCCAGUUACAACAGUGACUGUCGAAGAAACUGAACCUGAACCCGAAGACACCGAAACCACAGUACAAGAAAGUCCUGAACAAGUCACCGUUCUACAGACAGAAACCGACGGCGGAGUGUCGAAGAAAACUGUUAUUAAGAAACGAACGAUCAAAAAGAAGAAAGGACCCAAACAAGAAGUGACGGAAAUCCAAACUGUUGAAGAAGAGGGAAAGGAACCUAUCACAACUGUCACUGUCGAGGAGACAGAAGCGUUGCCAGAUGAACAGCCAGAAGAAGCAGUUGCAGUCGAGACACCUGAACAAGUGACUGUACUAGAAACUAAAACUGAAGAUGGGAAGACGAAGAAAACUGUAAUCAAAAAGCGGAUCAUCAAAAAGAAAAAGGGGGCGAAAGACGAAGUGACUGAAAUACAGACUGUCGAAGAGGAAGGACAAGCUCCGGUUACAACAGUGACUGUCGAAGAAACUGAACCUGAACCCGAAGAGACAGAAACUACAGUUCAAGAAAGUCCUGAACAAGUCACCGUUCUAGAGACAGAAACCGACGACGGAGUGUCGAAGAAAACUGUUAUUAAGAAACGAACGAUCAAAAAGAAGAAAGGACCCAAACAAGAAGUGACGGAAAUCCAAACUGUUGAAGAAGAGGGAAAGGAACCUAUCACAACUGUCACUAUCGAGGAGACAGAAGCGUUGCCAGAUGAACAGCCAGAAGAAGCAGUUGCAGUCGAGACACCUGAACAAGUGACUGUACUAGAAACUAAAACUGAAGAUGGGAAGACGAAGAAAACUGUAAUCAAAAAGCGGAUCAUCAAAAAGAAAAAGGGGGCGAAAGACGAAGUGACUGAAAUACAGACUGUCGAAGAGGAAGGACAAGCUCCGGUUACAACAGUGACUGUCGAAGAAACUGAACCUGAACCCGAAGAGACAGAAACUACAGUUCAAGAAAGUCCUGAACAAGUCACUGUUCUAGAGACAGAAACCGUCGACGGAGUGUCGAAGAAAACUGUUAUUAAGAAACGAACGAUCAAAAAGAAGAAAGGACCCAAACAAGAAGUGACGGAAAUCCAAACUGUUGAAGAAGAGGGAAAGGAACCUAUCACAACUGUCACUGUCGAGGAGACAGAAGCGUUGCCAGAUGAACAGCCAGAAGAAGCAGUUGCAGUCGAGACACCUGAACAAGUGACUGUACUAGAAACAAAAGCUGAAGAUGGCAAGACGAAGAAAACUGUAAUAAAAAAGCGCAUCAUCAAAAAGAAAAAGGGGCCGAAGGACGAAGUGACUGAAAUACAGACUGUCGAAGAGGAAGGACAGGCCCCAGUUACAACAGUGACUGUCGAAGAAACUGAACCUGAACCCGAAGACACCGAAACCACAGUUCAAGAAAGUCCUGAACAAGUCACCGUUCUAGAGACAGAAACAGACGACGGAGUGUCGAAGAAAACUGUCAUUAAGAAACGAACGAUCAAAAAGAAGAAAGGACCCAAACAAGAAGUGACGGAAAUCCAAACUGUUGAAGAAGAGGGAAAGGAACCUAUCACAACUGUCACUAUCGAGGAGACAGAAGCGUUGCCCGAUGAACAGCCAGAAGAAGCGGUUGCAGUCGAGACACCUGAACAAGUGACUGUACUAGAAACAAAAACUGAAGAUGGAAAGACUAAGAAAACUGUAAUCAAAAAGCGCAUCAUCAAAAGGAAAAAGGGGCCGAAAGACGAAGUGACUGAAAUACAGACUGUCGAAGAGGAAGGACAGGCUCCGGUUACAACAGUGACUGUCGAAGAAACUGAACCUGAACCAGAAGAGACCGAAACCACAGUUCAAGAAAGUCCUGAACAAGUCACAGUUCUAGAGACAGAAACAGAUGACGGAGUGUCGAAGAAAACUGUUAUUAAGAAACGAACGAUCAAAAAGAAGAAAGGACCCAAACAAGAAGUGACAGAAAUCCAAACUGUUGAAGAAGAGGGAAAGGAACCUAUCACAACUGUCACUGUCGAGGAGACAGAAGCGUUGCCCGAUGAACAGCCAGAAGAAGCAGUUGCAGUCGAGACACCUGAACAAGUGACUGUACUAGAAACAAAAACUGAAGAUGGAAAGACGAAGAAAACUGUAAUCAAAAAGCGGAUAAUCAAAAAGAAAAAGGGGCCGAAAGACGAGGUGACUGAAAUACAAACUGUCGAAGAGGAAGGACAAGCUCCGGUUACAACAGUAACUGUCGAAGAAACUGAACCUGAACCAGAAGAGACCGAAACCACAGUUCAAGAAAGUCCUGAACAAGUCACCGUUCUAGAGACAGAAACCGACGACGGAGUGUCGAAGAAAACUGUUAUUAAGAAACGAACGAUCAAAAAGAAGAAAGGACCCAAACAAGAAAUAACGGAAAUCCAAACUGUUGAAGAAGAGGGAAAGGAACCUAUCACAACUGUAACUGUCGAGGAGACAGAAGCGUUGCCCGAUGAACAGCCAGAAGAAGCGGUUGCAGUCGAGACACCUGAACAAGUGACUGUACUAGAAACAAAAACUGAAGAUGGCAAGACUAAGAAAACUGUAAUCAAAAAGCGCAUCAUCAAAAAGAAGAAGGGGCCGAAAGACGAAGUUACUGAAAUACAGACUGUCGAAGAGGAAGGACAGGCCCCAGUUACAACAGUGACUGUCGAAGAAACUGAACCUGAACCCGAAGACACCGAAACAACAGUUCAAGAAAGUCCUGAACAAGUCACCGUUCUAGAGACAGAAACCGACGACGGAGUGUCGAAGAAAACUGUUAUUAAGAAACGAACAAUCAAAAAGAAGAAAGGACCCAAACAAGAAGUGACGGAAAUCCAAACUGUUGAAGAAGAGGGAAAGGAACCUAUCACAACUGUAACUGUCGAGGAGACAGAAGCGUUGCCCGAUGAACAGCCAGAAGAAGCGGUUGCAGUCGAGACACCUGAGCAAGUGACUGUACUAGAAACAAAAACUGAAGAUGGCAAGACUAAGAAAACUGUAAUCAAAAAGCGCAUCAUCAAAAAGAAAAAGGGGCCGAAAAACGAAGUAACUGAAAUACAGACUGUCGAAGAGGAAGGACAGGCCCCAGUUACAACAGUGACUGUCGAAGAAACUGAACCUGAGCCCGAAGAGACAGAAACUACAGUUCAAGAAAGUCCUGAACAAGUCACCGUUCUAGAGACAGAAACCGACGACGGAGUGUCGAAGAAAACUGUUAUUAAGAAACGAACGAUCAAAAAGAAGAAAGGACCCAAACAAGAAGUGACAGAAAUCCAAACUGUUGAAGAAGAGGGAAAGGAACCUAUCACAACUGUCACUGUCGAGGAGACAGAAGCGUUGCCCGAUGAACAGCCAGAAGAAGCAGUUGCAGUCGAGACACCUGAACAAGUGACUGUACUAGAAACAAAAACUGAAGAUGGAAAGACGAAGAAAACUGUAAUCAAAAAGCGGAUAAUCAAAAAGAAAAAGGGGCCGAAAGACGAGGUGACUGAAAUACAAACUGUCGAAGAGGAAGGACAAGCUCCGGUUACAACAGUAACUGUCGAAGAAACUGAACCUGAACCAGAAGAGACCGAAACCACAGUUCAAGAAAGUCCUGAACAAGUCACCGUUCUAGAGACAGAAACCGACGACGGAGUGUCGAAGAAAACUGUUAUUAAGAAACGAACGAUCAAAAAGAAGAAAGGACCCAAACAAGAAAUAACGGAAAUCCAAACUGUUGAAGAAGAGGGAAAGGAACCUAUCACAACUGUCACUGUCGAGGAGACAGAAGCGUUGCCCGAUGAACAGCCAGAAGAAGCAGUUGCAGUCGAGACACCUGAACAAGUGACUGUUCUAGAAACAAAAACUGAAGAUGGAAAGACGAAGAAAACUGUAAUCAAAAAGCGGAUAAUCAAAAAGAAAAAGGGACCGAAAGACGAAGUGACUGAAAUACAAACUGUCGAAGAGGAAGGACAAGCUCCGGUUACAACAGUGACUGUCGAAGAAACUGAACCUGAACCCGAAUACACCGAAACCACAGUUCAAGAAAGUCCUGAACAAGUCACUGUUCUAGAGACAGAAACCGACGACGGAGUGUCGAAGAAAACUGUUAUUAAGAAACGAACGAUCAAAAAGAAGAAAGGACCCAAACAAGAAGUGACGGAAAUCCAAACUGUUGAAGAAGAGGGAAAGAAACCUAUCACAACUGUCACUGUCGAGGAGACAGAAGCGUUACCAGAUGAACAGACAGAAGAAGCAGUUACAGUCGAGACACCUGAACAAGUAACCGUACUCGAAACGAAAACUGAGGAUGGCAAGUCGAAGAAAACUGUAAUCAAAAAGCGGAUCAUCAAAAAGAAAAAGGGGCCGAAAGACGAAGUGACUGAAAUACUGACUGUCGAAGAGGAAGGACAAGCUCCGGUUACAACAGUGACUGUCGAAGAAACUGAACCUGAACACGAAGAGACAGAAACUACAGUUCAAGAAAGUCCUGAACAAGUCACCGUUCUAGAGACAGAAACCGACGACGGAGUGUCGAAGAAAACUGUUAUUAAGAAACGAACGAUCAAAAAGAAGAAAGGACCCAAACAAGAAGUGACGGAAAUCCAAACUGUUGAAGAAGAGGGAAAAGAACCUAUCACAACUGUAACUGUCGAGGAGACAGAAGCGUUGCCCGAUGAACAGCCAGAAGAAGCGGUUGCAGUCGAGACACCUGAGCAAGUGACUGUACUAGAAACAAAAACUGAAGAUGGCAAGACUAAGAAAACUGUAAUCAAAAAGCGCAUCAUCAAAAAGAAAAAGGGGCCGAAAAACGAAGUAACUGAAAUACAGACUGUCGAAGAGGAAGGACAGGCCCCAGUUACAACAGUGACUGUCGAAGAAACUGAACCUGAGCCCGAAGAGACAGAAACUACAGUUCAAGAAAGUCCUGAACAAGUCACCGUUCUAGAGACAGAAACCGACGACGGAGUGUCGAAGAAAACUGUUAUUAAGAAACGAACGAUCAAAAAGAAGAAAGGACCCAAACAAGAAGUGAUGGAAAUCCAAACUGUUGAAGAAGAGGGAAAAGAACCUAUCACAACUGUAACUGUCGAGGAGACAGAAGCGUUGCCCGAUGAACAGCCAGAAGAAGCGGUUGCAGUCGAGACACCUGAACAAGUGACUGUACUAGAAACAAAAACUGAAGAUGGCAAGACUAAGAAAACUGUAAUCAAAAAGCGCAUCAUCAAAAAGAAGAAGGGGCCGAAAGACGAAGUGACUGAAAUACAAACUGUCGAAGAGGAAGGACAAGCUCCGGUUACAACAGUGACUGUCGAAGAAACUGAACCUGAACCAGAAGAGACCGAAACCACAGUUCAAGAAAGUCCUGAACAAGUCACAGUUCUAGAGACAGAAACAGAUGACGGAGUGUCGAAGAAAACUGUUAUUAAGAAACGAACGAUCAAAAAGAAGAAAGGACCCAAACAAGAAAUAACGGAAAUCCAAACUGUUGAAGAAGAGGGAAAGGAACCUAUCACAACUGUCACUGUCGAGGAGACAGAAGCGUUGCCCGAUGAACAGCCAGAAGAAUCAGUUGCAGUCGAGACACCUGAACAAGUGACUGUUCUAGAAACAAAAACGGAAGAUGGAAAGACGAAGAAAACUGUAAUCAAAAAGCGCAUCAUCAAAAAGAAGAAGGGGCCGAAAGACGAGGUGACUGAAAUACAAACUGUCGAAGAGGAAGGACAAGCUCCGGUUACAACAGUAACUGUCGAAGAAACUGAACCUGAACCAGAAGAGACCGAAACCACAGUUCAAGAAAGUCCUGAACAAGUCACAGUUCUAGAGACAGAAACAGAUGACGGAGUGUCGAAGAAAACUGUUAUUAAGAAACGAACGAUCAAAAAGAAGAAAGGACCCCAACAGGAAAUAACGGAAAUCCAAACUGUUGAAGAAGAUGGAAAAGAACCUAUCACAACUGUCACUGUAGAGGAGACAGAAGCGUUGCCUGAUGAACACCCAGAAGAAGCAGUUGCAGUCGAGACACCUGAACAAGUGACUGUACUCGAAACAAAAACUGAAGAUGGAAAGACGAAGAAAACUGUAAUCAAAAAGCGGAUAAUCAAAAAGAAAAAGGGGCCGAAAGACGAGGUGACUGAAAUACAAACUGUCGAAGAGGAAGGACAAGCUCCGGUUACAACAGUGACUGUCGAAGAAACUGAACCUGAACCAGAAGAGACCGAAACCACAGUUCAAGAAAGUCCUGAACAAGUCACAGUUCUAGAGACAGAAACAGAUGACGGAGUGUCGAAGAAAACUGUUAUUAGGAAACGAACGAUCAAAAAGAAGAAAGGACCCAAACAAGAAAUAACGGAAAUCCAAACUGUUGAAGAAGAGGGAAAGGAACCUAUCACAACUGUCACUGUCGAGGAGACAGAAGCGUUGCCCGAUGAACAGCCAGAAGAAGCAGUUGCAGUCGAGACACCUGAACAAGUGACUGUACUAGAAACAAAAACUGAAGAUGGAAAGACGAAGAAAACUGUAAUCAAAAAGAGGAUAAUCAAAAAGAAAAAGGGGCCGAAAGACGAGGUGACUGAAAUACAAACUGUCGAAGAGGAAGGACAAGCUCCGGUUACAACAGUAACUGUCGAAGAAACUGAACCUGAACCAGAAGAGACCGAAACCACAGUUCAAGAAAGUCCUGAACAAGUCACAGUUCUAGAGACAGAAACAGAUGACGGAGUGUCGAAGAAAACUGUUAUUAAGAAACGAACGAUCAAAAAGAAGAAAGGACCCAAACAAGAAAUAACGGAAAUCCAAACUGUUGAAGAAGAGGGAAAGGAACCUAUCACAACUGUCACUGUCGAGGGGACAGAAGCGUUGCCCGAUGAACAGACAGAAGAAGCAGUUGCAGUCGAGACACCUGAACAAGUGACUGUACUAGAAACAAAAACUGAAGAUGGAAAGACGAAGAAAACUGUAAUCAAAAAGCGCAUCAUCAAAAAGAAGAAGGGGCCGAAAGACGAGGUGACUGAAAUACAAACUGUCGAAGAGGAAGGACAAGCUCCGGUUACAACAGUAACUGUCGAAGAAACUGAACCUGAACCAGAAGAGACCGAAACCACAGUUCAAGAAAGUCCUGAACAAGUCACAGUUCUAGAGACAGAAACAGAUGACGGAGUGUCGAAGAAAACUGUUAUUAAGAAACGAACGAUCAAAAAGAAGAAAGGACCCAAACAAGAAAUAACGGAAAUCCAAACUGUUGAAGAAGAGGGAAAGGAACCUAUCACAACUGUCACUGUCGAGGAGACAGAAGCGUUGCCCGAUGAACAGCCAGAAGAAGCAGUUGCAGUCGAGACACCUGAACAAGUGACUGUACUAGAAACAAAAACUGAAGAUGGAAAGACGAAGAAAACUGUAAUCAAAAAGCGGAUAAUCAAAAAGAAAAAGGGGCCGAAAGACGAGGUGACUGAAAUACAAACUGUCGAAGAGGAAGGACAAGCUCCGGUUACAACAGUGACUGUCGAAGAAACUGAACCUGAACCAGAAGAGACCGAAACCACAGUUCAAGAAAGUCCUGAACAAGUCACAGUUCUAGAGACAGAAACAGAUGACGGAGUGUCGAAGAAAACUGUUAUUAAGAAACGAACGAUCAAAAAGAAGAAAGGACCCAAACAAGAAAUAACGGAAAUCCAAACUGUUGAAGAAGAGGGAAAGGAACCUAUCACAACUGUCACUGUCGAGGAGACAGAAGCGUUGCCCGAUGAACAGCCAGAAGAAGCAGUUGCAGUCGAGACACCUGAACAAGUGACUGUUAUAGAAACAAAAACUGAAGAUGGAAAGACGAAGAAAACUGUAAUCAAAAAGCGGAUAAUCAAAAAGAAAAAGGGGCCGAAAGACGAAGUGACUGAAAUACAAACUGUCGAAGAGGAAGGACAGGCCCCAGUUACAACAGUGACUAUCGAAGAAACUGAACCUGAACCCGAAGACACCGAAACUACAGUUCAAGAAAGUCCUGAACAAAUCACAGAUAAGAAAGUGUCGAAAAGAACUGUUAUUAAGAAACGUGUUAUUAAGAAAAGAAAAGGUACAGAAGAGGAAGCACCUGUAAUUGAAACAGUGGAAGAAGAUGAACAGAAGCCUGUGGCAGUAAUAACGGUCUCAGAUAAUGAUGCAAUUCAAGAAACGUUAACUAUUACAGAAAUUAGCGACAAUGUCGAUCAGACGCCAAUUAAAAAGGGAAAGGGUAAAAAGAAAACAAAGGUUUUUUCAACCGACAUUGAGGAAAUAGUGGAUGAUACAACUGAAGACGAUAAACCAAGUUCCGAAUUCAUAACAACAUUUGAAACAACUACAGAGAAUGGAAAGACAGUUAUAAAAACAAAAAACAAGAAAAUUACACACAAAGACAAUUUUGUAGUUGAAGAGGUUUUAAGUGAAGAAGAUAUAUCGCCGUCGAAUGACGAACAACAUGACGUUCAAAUAGUUGAAGUUGUUGAUGAGGAUAUUCCAGAAGAUACACCCAUAACACAAUCAACUGAUACACAACCCGACGAUAUUGACACUAAACCCGAAAAACCAAAAAAGAAGAAAACAAAACCAAAACAAGACACACAGAAACCUGAUAGUAUUUCAACUAUAAAAGAACUUGAGGAAGAGUCUGUAGUUGAGACUCCAGAACAGAUUACUGUUUUGGAAUCUAAAACUGAAGACGGUCAAACAAAAACAAAAGUCGUCAAAAAACGAGUAAUCAAAAAGAAGAAGGGCGGUAAGGAGGAGAUAACAGAAAUUCUAACAGUUGAAGAAGAUGGCCAAGAACCAGUUACUACUGUAACCGUUGAAGAAACUGAACCAGAACCACAAGUUGUUACGACAGUUCAUGAGGAACCUGAACAAAUUACCGUUACUGAAACCGAAACUGAAGAUGGACCUAAACGAACUGUGGUCAAGAAACGUACCAUAAAGAAAAAGAAAGGACCCAAAGAAGAAAUUACCGAAAUCCAAACAGUUGAAGAAGACGGAAAAGAACCUGUCACAACAGUUACAGUCGAAGAAACAGAAGCACUUCUUGAAGACAAACCGGAGGAAGCAUUUGCUGUUGAAAGUGUGGAAACUCCUGAACAAGUAACUGUAUUGGAAACCAAGACACUUGAUGGAGAAACCAAGAAAACUGUCAUCAAAAAACGAGUAAUCAAAAAGAAGAAGGGCGGAAAGGAGGAGGUAACCGAAAUUCAAACAGUUGAAGAAGACGGCCAAGAACCAGUUACUACUGUAACUGUUGAAGAAACUGAACCAGAACCACAAGUUGUUACGACAGUUCAUGAGGAACCUGAACAAAUUACCGUUACUGAAACCGAAACUGAAGAUGGACCUAAACGAACUGUGGUCAAGAAACGUACCAUAAAGAAAAAGAAAGGACCCAAAGAAGAAAUUACCGAAAUCCAAACAGUUGAAGAAGACGGAAAAGAACCUGUCACAACAGUUACAGUCGAAGAAACAGAAGCACUUCCUGUAGACAAACCAGAGGAAGCAUUUGCUGUUGAAAGUGUGGAAACUCCUGAACAAGUGACUGUAUUGGAAACUAAGACACUUGAUGGAGAAACCAAGAAAACUGUCAUCAAAAAACGAGUAAUCAAAAAGAAGAAGGGCGGUAAAGAGGAGGCAACCGAAAUUCAAACAGUUGAAGAAGACGGCCAAGAACCAGUUACUACUGUAACGGUUGAAGAAACUGAACCAGAACCACAAGUUGUUACGACAGUUCAUGAGGAACCUGAACAAAUUACAGUUACUGAAACCGAAACUGAAGAUGGACCUAAACGAACUGUGGUCAAGAAACGUACCAUAAAGAAAAAGAAAGGACCCAAAGAAGAAAUUACCGAAAUCCAAACAGUUGAAGAAGACGGAAAAGAACCUGUCACAACAGUUACAGUCGAAGAAACAGAAGCACUUCUUGAAGACCAACCGGAGGAAGCAUUUGCUGUUGAAAGUGUGGAAACUCCUGAACAAGUAACUAUAUUGGAAACCAAGACACUUGAUGGAGAAACCAAGAAAACUGUCAUCAAAAAACGAGUAAUCAAAAAGAAGAAGGGCGGUAAGGAGGAGGUGACCGAAAUUCAAACAGUUGAAGAAGACGGCCGAGAACCAGUUACUACUGUAACUGUUGAAGAAACUGAACCAGAACCGCAAGUUGUUACGACAGUUCAUGAGGAACCUGAACAAAUUACCGUUACUGAAACCGAAACUGAAGACGGACCUAAACGAACUGUGGUCAAGAAACGUACCAUCAAGAAAAAGAAAGGACCAAAAGAGGAAAUUACCGAAAUCCAAACAGUUGAAGAAGACGGAAAAGAACCUAUCACAACAGUUACAGUCGAAGAAACAGAAGCACUUCUUGAAGACCAACCGGAGGAAGCAUUUGCUGUUGAAAGUGUGGAAACUCCUGAACAAGUAACUAUAUUGGAAACCAAGACACUUGAUGGAGAAACCAAGAAAACUGUCAUCAAAAAACGAGUAAUCAAAAAGAAGAAGGGCGGUAAGGAGGAGGUGACCGAAAUUCAAACAGUUGAAGAAGACGGCCGAGAACCAGUUACUACUGUAACUGUUGAAGAAACUGAACCAGAACCGCAAGUUGUUACGACAGUUCAUGAGGAACCUGAACAAAUUACCGUUACUGAAACCGAAACUGAAGACGGACCUAAACGAACUGUGGUCAAGAAACGUACCAUCAAGAAAAAGAAAGGACCAAAAGAGGAAAUUACCGAAAUCCAAACAGUUGAAGAAGACGGAAAAGAACCUAUCACAACAGUUACAGUCGAAGAAACAGAAGCACUUCCUGAAGACCAGCCAGAAGAAGCAUUUGCUGUUGAAAGUGUGGAAACUCCUGAACAAGUAACUGUAUUGGAAACCAAGACACUUGAUGGAGAAACCAAGAAAACUGUCAUCAAAAAACGAGUAAUCAAAAAGAAGAAGGGCGGUAAGGAGGAGGUAACCGAAAUUCAAACAGUUGAAGAAGACGGCCAAGAACCAGUUACUACUGUAACUGUUGAAGAAACUGAACCAGAACCACAAGUUGUUACGACAGUUCAUGAGGAACCUGAACAAAUUAUCGUUACUGAAACAGAAACUGAAGAUGGACCUAAACGAACUGUGGUCAAGAAACGUACCAUAAAGAAAAAGAAAGGACCCAAAGAAGACAUUACCGAAAUCCAAACAGUUGAAGAAGACGGAAAAGAACCUGUCACAACAGUUACAGUCGAAGAAACAGAAGCACUUCCUGAAGACCAGCCAGAAAAAGGAUUUGCUGUUGAAAGUGUGGAAACUCCUGAACAAGUAACUGUAUUGGAAACCAAGACACUUGAUGGAGAAACCAAGAAAACUGUCAUCAAAAAACGAGUAAUAAAAAAGAAGAAGGGCGGUAAGGAGGAGGUAACCGAAAUUCAAACAGUUGAAGAAGACGGCCAAGAACCAGUCACCACUGUCACCGUCGAAGAAACUGAACCAGAACCACAAGUUGUUACGACAGUUCAUGAGGAACCUGAACAAAUUAGCGUUACUGAAACCGAAACUGAAGAUGGACCUAAACGAACUGUGGUCAAGAAACGUACCAUAAAGAAAAAGAAAGGACCCAAAGAAGAAAUUACCGAAAUCCAAACAGUUGAAGAAGACGGAAAAGAACCUGUCACAACAGUUACAGUCGAAGAAACAGAAGCACUUCUUGAAGACCAACCGGAGGAAGCAUUUGCUGUUGAAAGUGUGGAAACUCCUGAACAAGUAACUGUAUUGGAAACCAAGACACUUGAUGGAGAAACCAAGAAAACUGUCAUCAAAAAACGAGUAAUAAAAAAGAAGAAGGGCGGUAAGGAGGAGGUAACCGAAAUUCAAACAGUUGAAAAAGACGGCCAAGAACCAGUUACUACUGUAACGGUUGAAGAAACUGAACCAGAACCACAAGUUGUUACGACAGUUCAUGAGGAACCUGAACAAAUUACAGUUACUGAAACCGAAACUGAAGAUGGACCUAAACGAACUGUGGUCAAGAAACGUACCAUAAAGAAAAAGAAAGGACCCAAAGAAGAAAUUACCGAAAUCCAAACAGUUGAAGAAGACGGAAAAGAACCUGUCACAACAGUUACAGUCGAAGAAACAGAAGCACUUCUUGAAGACCAACCGGAGGAAGCAUUUGCUGUUGAAAGUGUGGAAACUCCUGAACAAGUAACUGUAUUGGAAACCAAGACACUUGAUGGAGAAACCAAGAAAACUGUCAUCAAAAAACGAGUAAUCAAAAAGAAGAAGGGCGGUAAGGAGGAGGUAACCGAAAUUCAAACAGUUGAAGAAGACGGCCAAGAACCGGUUACUACUGUAACUGUUGAAGAAACUGAACCAGAACCACAAGUUGUUACGACAGUUCAUGAGGAACCUGAACAAAUUACCGUUACUGAAACCGAAACUGAAGAUGGACCUAAACGAACUGUGGUCAAGAAACGUACCAUAAAGAAAAAGAAAGGACCCAAAGAAGAAAUUACCGAAAUCCAAACAGUUGAAGAAGACGGAAAAGAACCUGUCACAACAGUUACAGUCGAAGAAACAGAAGCACUUCUUGAAGACAAACCGGAGGAAGCAUUUGCUGUUGAAAGUGUGGAAACUCCUGAACAAGUAACUGUAUUGGAAACCAAGACACUUGAUGGAGAAACCAAGAAAACUGUCAUCAAAAAACGAGUAAUCAAAAAGAAGAAGGGCGGAAAGGAGGAGGUAACCGAAAUUCAAACAGUUGAAGAAGACGGCCAAGAACCAGUUACUACUGUAACUGUUGAAGAAACUGAACCAGAACCACAAGUUGUUACGACAGUUCAUGAAGAACCUGAACAAAUUACCGUUACUGAAACCGAAACUGAAGAUGGACCUAAACGAACUGUGGUCAAGAAACGUACCAUAAAGAAAAAGAAAGGACCCAAAGAAGAAAUUACCGAAAUCCAAACAGUUGAAGAAGACGGAAAAGAACCUGUCACAACAGUUACAGUCGAAGAAACAGAAGCACUUCCUGUAGACAAAUCAGAGGAACCAUUUGCUGUUGAAAGUGUGGAAACUCCUGAACAAGUGACUGUAUUGGAAACUAAGACACUUGAUGGAGAAACCAAGAAAACUGUCAUCAAAAAACGAGUAAUCAAAAAGAAGAAGGGCGGAAAGGAGGAGGUAACCGAAAUUCAAACACUUGAAGAAGACGGCCAAGAACCAGUUACUACUGUAACUGUUGAAGAAACUGAACCAGAACCACAAGUUGUUACGACAGUUCAUGAAGAACCUGAACAAAUUACCGUUACUGAAACCGAAACUGAAGAUGGACCUAAACGAACUGUGGUCAAGAAACGUACCAUAAAGAAAAAGAAAGGACCCAAAGAAGAAAUUACCGAAAUCCAAACAGUUGAAGAAGACGGAAAAGAACCUGUCACAACAGUUACAGUCGAAGAAACAGAAGCACUUCCUGUAGACAAACCAGAGGAAGCAUUUGCUGUUGAAAGUGUGGAAACUCCUGAACAAGUAACUAUAUUGGAAACCAAGACACUUGAUGGAGAAACCAAGAAAACUGUCAUCAAAAAACGAGUAAUCAAAAAGAAGAAGGGCGGUAAGGAGGAGGUGACCGAAAUUCAAACAGUUGAAGAAGACGGCCAAGAACCAGUCACCACUGUCACCGUCGAAGAAACUGAACCAGAGCCCCAAAUGGUUGCGACACUUCAUGAGGAACCUGAACAAAUUACCGUUACUGAAACCGAAACUGAAGAUGGACCUAAACGAACUGUGGUCAAGAAACGUACCAUCAAGAAAAAGAAAGGACCAAAAGAGGAAAUUACCGAAAUCCAAACAGUUGAAGAAGACGGAAAAGAACCUGUCACAACAGUUACAGUCGAAGAAACAGAAGCACUUCCUGAAGACCAGCCAGAAGAAGCAUUUGCUGUUGAAAGUGUGGAAACUCCUGAACAAGUAACUGUAUUGGAAACCAAGACACUUGAUGGAGAGACCAAGAAAACUGUCAUCAAAAAACGAGUAAUAAAAAAGAAGAAGGGCGGUAAGGAGGAGGUAACCGAAAUUCAAACAGUUGAAGAAGACGGCCAAGAACCAGUCACCACUGUCACCGUCGAAGAAAUUGAACCAGAACCACAAGUUGUUACGACAGUUCAUGAGGAACCUGAACAAAUUACCGUUACUGAAACCGAAACUGAAGAUGGACCUAAACGAACUGUGGUCAAGAAACGUACCAUAAAGAAAAAGAAAGGACCCAAAGAAGAAAUUACCGAAAUCCAAACAGUUGAAGAAGACGGAAAAGAACCUGUCACAACAGUUACCGUCGAAGAAACAGAAGCACUUCUUGAAGACCAACCGGAGGAAGCAUUUGCUGUUGAAAGUGUGGAAACUCCUGAACAAGUAACUAUAUUGGAAACCAAGACACUUGAUGGAGAAACCAAGAAAACUGUCAUCAAAAAACGAGUAAUCAAAAAGAAGAAGGGCGGUAAGGAGGAGGUGACCGAAAUUCAAACAGUUGAAGAAGACGGCCAAGAACCAGUUACUACUGUAACUGUUGAAGAAACUGAACCAGAACCACAAGUUGUUACGACAGUUCAUGAGGAACCUGAACAAAUUACCGUUACUGAAACCGAAACUGAAGAUGGACCUAAACGAACUGUGGUCAAGAAACGUACCAUCAAGAAAAAGAAAGGACCGAAAGAGGAAAUUACCGAAAUCCAAACAGUUGAAGAAGACGGAAAAGAACCUGUCACAACAGUUACAGUCGAAGAAACAGAAGCACUUCCUGAAGAUCAACCAGAGGAAGCAUUGGCUGUUGAAAGUGUGGAAACUCCUGAACAAGUGACUGUAUUGGAAACUAAGACACUUGAUGGAGAAACCAAGAAAACUGUUAUCAAAAAACGAGUAAUCAAAAAGAAGAAGGGCGGUAAAGAGGAGGUAACCGAAAUUCAAACAGUUGAAGAAGACGGCCAAGAACCAGUUACUACUGUAACUGUUGAAGAAACUGAACCAGAACAAGAGGAAGCAUUUGCUGUUGAAAGUGUGGAAACUCCUGAACAAGUGACUGUAUUGGAAACUAAGACACUUGAUGGAGAAACCAAGAAAACUGUCAUCAAAAAACGAGUAAUCAAAAAGAAGAAGGGCGGUAAAGAGGAGGUAACCGAAAUUCAAACAGUUGAAGAAGACGGCCAAGAACCAGUUACUACUGUAACGGUUGAAGAAACUGAACCAGAACCACAAGUUGUUACGACAGUUCAUGAGGAACCUGAACAAAUUACAGUUACUGAAACCGAAACUGAAGAUGGACCUAAACGAACUGUGGUCAAGAAACGUACCAUAAAGAAAAAGAAAGGACCCAAAGAAGAAAUUACCGAAAUCCAAACAGUUGAAGAAGACGGAAAAGAACCUGUCACAACAGUUACAGUCGAAGAAACAGAAGCACUUCUUGAAGACCAACCGGAGGAAGCAUUUGCUGUUGAAAGUGUGGAAACUCCUGAACAAGUAACUAUAUUGGAAACCAAGACACUUGAUGGAGAAACCAAGAAAACUGUUAUCAAAAAACGAGUAAUCAAAAAGAAGAAGGGCGGUAAAGAGGAGGUAACCGAAAUUCAAACAGUUGAAGAAGACGGCCAAGAACCAGUUACUACUGUAACUGUUGAAGAAACUGAACCAGAACCACAAGUUGUUACGACAGUUCAUGAGGAACCUGAACAAAUUACCGUUACUGAAACCGAAACUGAAGAUGGACCUAAACGAACUGUGGUCAAGAAACGUACCAUCAAGAAAAAGAAAGGACCCAAAGAAGAAAUUACCGAAAUCCAAACAGUUGAAGAAGACGGAAAAGAACCUGUCACAACAGUUACAGUCGAAGAAACAGAAGCACUUCCUGAAGACCAACCAGAGGAAGCAUUUGCUGUUGAAAGUGUGGAAACUCCUGAACAAGUGACUGUAUUGGAAACUAAGACGCUUGAUGGAGAAACCAAGAAAACUGUCAUCAAAAAACGAGUAAUCAAAAAGAAGAAGGGCGGUAAAGAGGAGGUAACCGAAAUUCAAACAGUUGAAGAAGACGGCCAAGAACCAGUUACUACUGUAACGGUUGAAGAAACUGAACCAGAACCACAAGUUGUUACGACAGUUCAUGAGGAACCUGAACAUAUUACCGUUACUGAAACCGAAACUGAAGACGGACCUAAGAGAACUGUGGUCAAGAAACGUAUCAUAAAGAAAAAGAAAGGACCGAAAGAAGAAAUUACCGAAAUCCAAACAGUUGAAGAAGACGGAAAAGAACCUGUCACAACAGUUACAGUCGAAGAAACAGAAGCACUUCCUGAAGACCAACCAGAGGAAGCAUUUGCUGUUGAAAGUGUGGAAACUCCUGAACAAGUGACUGUAUUGGAAACUAAGACGCUUGAUGGAGAAACCAAGAAAACUGUCAUCAAAAAACGAGUAAUCAAAAAGAAGAAGGGCGGUAAAGAGGAGGUAACCGAAAUUCAAACAGUUGAAGAAGACGGCCAAGAACCAGUUACUACUGUAACUGUUGAAGAAACUGAACCAGAACCACAAGUUGUUACCACAGUUCAUGAGGAACCUGAACAAAUUACCGUUACUGAAACCGAAACUGAAGACGGACCUAAACGAACUGUGGUCAAGAAACGUACCAUCAAGAAAAAGAAAGGACCAAAAGAGGAAAUUACUGAGAUCCAAACAGUUGAAGAAGAUGGGAAAGAACCUGUCACAACAGUUACAGUCGAAGAAACAGAAGUACUUCCUGAAAAACAACCAGAUGAAGCAUUUGCUGUUGAAAGUGUGGAAACUCCUGAACAAGUGACUGUAUUGGAAACUAAGACACUUGAUGGAGAGACCAAGAAAACUGUCAUCAAAAAACGAGUAAUCAAAAAGAAGAAGGGCGGUAAGGAGGAGGUGACCGAAAUUCAAACAGUUGAAGAAGACGGCCAAGAACCAGUUACUACUAUAACUGUUGAAGAAACUGAACCAGAACCACAAGUUGUUACGACAGUUCAUGAGGAACCUGAACAAAUUACCGUUACUGAAACCGAAACUGAAGAUGGACCUAAACGAACUGUAGUCAAGAAACGUACCAUAAAGAAAAAGAAAGGACCUAAAGAAGAAAUUACCGAAGUCCAAACAGUUGAAGAAGACGGAAAAGAACCUGUCACAACAGUUACAGUCGAAGAAAGAGAAGCACUUCCUGAAGACCAACCAGAGGAAGUAUUUGCUGUUGAAAGUGUGGAAACUCCUGAACAAGUAACUGUAUUGGAAACCAAGACACUUGAUGGAGAGACCAAGAAAACUGUCAUCAAAAAACGAGUAAUAAAAAAGAAGAAGGGCGGUAAGGAGGAGGUAACCGAAAUUCAAACAGUUGAAGAAGACGGCCAAGAACCAGUCACCACUGUCACCGUCGAAGAAAUUGAACCAGAACCACAAGUUGUUACGACAGUUCAUGAGGAACCUGAACAAAUUACCGUUACUGAAACCGAAACUGAAGAUGGACCUAAACGAACUGUGGUCAAGAAACGUACCAUAAAGAAAAAGAAAGGACCCAAAGAAGAAAUUACCGAAAUCCAAACAGUUGAAGAAGACGGAAAAGAGCCUGUCACAACAGUUACAGUCGAAGAAACAGAAGCACUUCCUGAAGACCAGCCAGAGGAAGCAUUUGCUGUUGAAAGUGUGGAAACUCCUGAACAAGUAACUGUAUUGGAAACCAAGACUGUUGAUGGAGAAACCAAGAAAACUGUCAUCAAAAAACGAGUAAUCAAAAAGAAGAAGGGCGGAAAGGAGGAGGUAACCGAAAUUCAAACAGUUGAAGAAGACGGCCAAGAACCAGUCACCACUGUCACCGUCGAAGAAACUGAACCAGAACCACAAGUUGUUACCUCAGUUCAUGAGGAACCAGAACAAAUUACCGUUACUGAAACCGAAACUGAAGACGGACCUAAGAGAACUGUGGUCAAGAAACGUACCAUAAAGAAAAAGAAAGGACCGAAAGAAGAAAUUACCGAAAUCCAAACAGUUGAAGAAGACGGAAAAGAACCUGUCACAACUGUUACAGUUGAGGAGGCUGAUGUCUAUCCUGUGGACUCAAUCGAUGUUACCGUGGAUGCUGCGGAGGAACCUUAUGAGCCAGAACCAACAAAGAAGAAAAAAUCUAAGAAAUCAAUCAAAAAGAAAGUCAGGUACAUCAUUAGAAGGAAGGAAAACGACAAAGAAGGCUGGAUGGAAAUUAUCGACACAGAAGAACCGGAAAUUCCAGAGAUUGAAGAAAUAGUGGAAGAACCAACAGAAGAGGAAGUGGAAAAAAUAAAGCCAAAGAAAAUUAUGAAAAAGAAGAAGGGUGAUAAAGGUGAUUGGCUGGAAAUUGUUGAUGAUGAGGAAGUUGCUCCUGAGGAACUUGCCCCUGACGAUGUAGAAGAAGUCGUUGAACAACCAAAAGAAGUGGAGAAAAAGAAAACGAAGAAAAUUAUGAAGAAGAAAAAGGCAGACAAGGAAGGAUGGCAUGAAAUUGUUGAUGCUGAUGAUGAAACUGAGGAACCACAAACAACUGAAGAGAUCAUCUUUCCCUUGAGCGAGGUUCAAGUAGAAGAAGUGGAAACACCCGAAGGAAACGUCAUUAAGAAAACAACAAAGAAACGUGUCAUCAAAAAGAAAGAAGGACCAAAAGAAGAAAUUGUAGAAGUGGUCGUUGUCGAAGAAGAUGGUAAAGAACCUGAAAUGACCGUCACCACAACCGAAUUAGAUGAAAGUGAUCAGACGGAAGAAGUAACAAAAAAGAAACCAAAGAAAAAAACGAUAAAAAAAAUCAAAAAAGAUGAUCAGCUAGAAUACAUACAGAGUUUGAUUGAUGCUGAGAUUCCACAGACGGAGUUAGAAAAUUACGAAACAACUGAUAUUGAGCAAAAGCCAAAGAUUAAAAAGAAGGUUAAGAAGGAGAAAUCACAUAACGAACCAGAGAUUGAAGAAAAACCAGCAGUUGACGAUGACGAUUCUGUUCAGCCACAAGAGGAAAAUAAGAGUGAGCCAGAAAAGAUCUUAAAGAAAAAACCUAAGAAAUCUCAAAAACUCGAAGAGACAGUUGAGCCCGAAGCCAUCGAAAUCGAAGAGCAGCCUGAAGAAGUAGUGGAAACACUAGUGGCAAACGAAGAAGGCGAGGAGGUUAAGCAAAGAACUAAGAAACGAGUUAUAAAAAAGAAACAAGGUCUAAAAGAAGAAGUAAUAGAAGUAGUCACUAUAGAUAAGGAAGGGGAGGAGCCUGAGACAACAAUUACCGUAGUGGAGGUGACAGAUGUUGAAGAAACACCCGAAGAACUAGCACCUAAUGAGCAAAAGAAACCGAAAAAGAAAUCUGUGAAGAAGGUUAAGAAAAAUGAUGAGGAUGAAUACAUAAAACAACUUCUGGAAGCAGAUAUUCCAAAAACAGAAUUAGAGCAAUUUGAAAAACCCGAAUUUGAAAAGCGUAAGAAAUCAAUCAAAUCUGAAUCUGAUAAGGACGAAAUUGAAGAAAAGCCGAAAGAAAAAAAGAAAAAGAAAAAGAAGCCUAUUGAAGUGGAUCAAGCGGACGAGCAAGAGGAAGAACCUGAAAAGGAAUUAGAAGUUGCAGAUCAUCCCGAUGAGCCAACAGAAUUGAUUACGAAAGUUGAAAAACCCAAACCUAAGAAAAUCGUUAAACGAAGAAAAGGUGAGAAGGGCGAUUGGUUGGAAAUUGUCGAUGCAGAGGAGGAGUCUCAGGUAGUUGAAGAAACAAUUGAGGAACCAAUAGAAGAGAAACCUGAAAAACCUAAAUCAAAGAAAGUUAUUAAAAAGAAGAAAGGAGACAAGGGUGAUUGGCUAGAAAUCGUUGACGAUGAAGAUGAGUUACCUACUACUCAGGAAGCAGUUGAAGAGCCAAAAAAUAAGGCGACUGAAAAAGUAAAGCCGAAAAAAAUUAUAAAAAGGAAGAAAGGCGACAAGGAAUGGCUUGAAAUCGUUGACGCUACCGAAGAAGAUGAGCCACAAAAUGCUGAAGUUAUUCUUUUACCUGUGAGUGAAGUUAAAAUAGAAGAAGUGGAAACACCAGAGGGCCAGGUAGUAAAGAAAACCACGAAGAAACGUGUCAUCAAAAAGAAGGAAGGUCCUAAAGAAGAGGUGAUAGAAAUUAUAGUUGUGGAAGAAGACGGUCAGGAACCAGAAAUGACAGUAACGUCAACGGUAAUAGAUGAAACUGAGACUCAAGAAGAUGUGACACAGAAAAAGCCGAAGAAGAAAACCAUCAAGAAAAUCAAAAAAGAUGAUCAAGAUGAUUAUAUUCAAAGUUUGAUAAAUGCCGAGAUUCCCACAACAGAGCUGGAAGAAUACGAAAAAGGUGACAUCGAACCGGCCCAAAAACCUAAGAAAAAAUCGAAAAAGGAGAAACCGAAAGAGGCGGAUUCUACAGACACAACUACACAGGCCGAAGAGAAGCCUGAAGAAGAGACUGCAAUUGCUCCAGAGGAAGAAAAAUACGAUGAGCCUGUAGUGAAGAAAAGGGUAAUCAAAAAGAAACCUAAAGAAGUUGUUCCUGAUGAAGUUGGUGAAAUUAUUGUAGAAGAAAAACCAACGGAAGAAUUCGUGGUGGAGGAACAUGGCGAAAAAGUUACUGUUGUGGAAGUUACUAAUGAAGAAGGAGAACCUGUAAAGAAAACUACUAAGAAACGUGUAAUUAAAAAGAAAGAUGGAGCAAAGGAAGAGUUUAUUGAGAUUGUAUCGGUGCAAGAAGACGGUAAAGAGCUUGAGAUCACAGUUACUGUUACCGAAUCAGAGCCGGAGCCUCAACUUGAAACAGACGAGCCGGAAAAGCCAAAGAAGAAGAAAAAAUCCGUUAAAAAAUUAAAGAAAGGCGAAGAUGAUGACUACAUUCAACGUCUCAUUGAAAUGGAAAUUCCAAAAACAGAACUUGAGAAAUAUGAAAAGGUAGAUGUCGAAAAACGAGAAAAGUCAAAACAAGUCGAUGAAUUAGAAGACCAAUCGGAACCUGAAAAUCCUGAACAACCCGAGCAGCCACAGGAACAAGAAACGCCACAAAAGACACAUAAAAAGAAAUCAGUAAAGAAGGCGACACCAAAAGAAAUUGAGCCGGAGGAAGUUCACUCAAUUGAAAUUGAGGAACAACCAGAGGAAGUGGUCGAGACUGUCGUUCCUACAAUUGAAGGUGAAGAGGUCAAACAGCGAACUAAAAAGCGAACCAUUAAAAAGAAACAAGGUGACAAAGAAGAAAUAAUAGAAAUUGUCACUGUGGACAAAGAUGGUCAGGAACCGGAAACUACCAUAACAGUUCUUGAAGUACCUGAAGAAGAUAAUGAAGAAGACGACGAACAACAAAAGCCAGAAGUGCGAAAGAAGCCUAAGAAAAAGUCAGUGAAGAAAGUAAAGGUAAAUGAUGAGGACGAAUAUAUAAGGCAAUUAUUAGAAGCUGAAAUUCCGAAAACCGAAUUAGAACAGUUUGAAAAACCCGAAUUUGAAGAGCGCAAAAAAUCAAUCAAGCCAGAUUCGGACGAAGAAAAGCCGAAGAAAAAGAAAAAGUCGAAAGUUGACACACCGAAGGAGACCGAAAAGGAGAAGUAUGAAGAACCUGAAGAACCAAUAGUGAAGAAACGAGUUAUCAAAAAGAAACCAAAACAGAUUCAAGACUCUCCUGUGGACACAGUAGAUGAAGAAGCACCAGCUGAAUUUACAGUCGAAGAGCAUGCAGAGCAGGUCACGGUGACAGAAGUUCCCGAUAAUGAAGGUGAAAUUGUUCAGAAAACAACUAAAAAAAGAGUUAUUAAGAAGAAAGACGGUGAAAAAGAACAAUUAAUUGAAAUCGUCACCGUUCAAGAAGAAGGAAAAGAACCAGAAAUUACAGUCACUGUGUCUGAAUUGGAACCCGCAACAGUAGAUGAAACGGACGCUAAUAUCGGAGAAAGUAAGCCCAAAAAGAAGAAGAAAUUGGUCAAAAAAUUGAAAAAAGGUGACGAAUUUGACUACAUUCAACGACUUAUUGAAAUGGAAAUUCCUAAAACCGAACUAGAGAAAUAUGAAAAAAUUGACCUUGAUACUGGUAAGCCCAAAAAAGAAAGGCCAGACCUAGUUCCAAUUGCAAUAAUUCGGAAAGAUCAAAAACCUACUAAAGUCAAAAUCAUGCAAGCAGAAGACCUCCCGCAAGCAACUCGAUUGAAAACUAAGAAACCAAAACAAAAGGAAAAACCCAAGGAUGAAGAAAAAUUCCCUAAAUUCAACCUAAAAAGUCGAAUGACAGAGGUAAAUUAUCCGCCAGAACCGCUAAAAGCAAUAAUAACCGAUUUGAACACACAUCGCGACCAAGGGGAAUUAUCGCGUAACAUAGAAGAAGCUGAAAAAAUUCUAAAGACGAAGAAAAAGAAAUUUAAGCACAUUAAAAAACGAAAGGAUAGCCUUGAGCGUCCUGAAUUAGAAAAAUAUGAAAAAUAUGAAAGUAGUUCGGAUGAAGCCUCUGAAACUAAGAAAUAUGAAAGGGCCACCAAGGAAGUCAAGGAUGAAAAAGACGAAACUAAGACACUCAAGUUAGGAAAAGGAAAGAAGAAGCCACUGGAUGCAGAAACUUCAGAAAAUGUAAAAUUGAAACCACUAAAACCUAAGGGUGAAAUUUCGGAGGAAGUAGAACUGGUGAAACCGAAACAAGAGAAGCCAGUAGAACAAAAAGAUUUACCAGACAGUGAAGCUCCUAAUUAUGAAAUUAAGCCGUUCGACCAAUUAGAAUUUGAGCCUUUCGAAACUCCAUUAGAGCAACCGGAAAGAUUUGAGGAUUCACCAGAACCGGAAUUGGAGAAAGAGCCGAAAACAACGAAACAUAUUAAGAAAAAGAAACGUAAACCAGAACCAGAAACCAUACAGCAUCCAAUAGUCCCAGGUGUACCGAAACCGCAAGAAGAAGAGCCUGAAGAGGAUGUUAAAUUUAGAAUCGCUCAAAAGCCAAAACCUGAAGUGGAAGUAGAAAGUGCAAAACUAAGGCCUAUUGACAAACCUAAGGAUGAAGUUAGUAAACCCACUCCCGAAGGCGACAGAGAUAUGAAUCUGGCAAAACCAAUAUCACCGGUUCCAUCAGAAGAAGAAGACGUAGUAGAACCGACGAAACCAACGAAAAUAAAAAAGAAAAAACCGAAACACACAGAAGACGAAACUCCGCAAGAACCCACUGCUGCAGAUGAAGCUCCUGAAGAAACAAUUCCUGAAUCUACUGAUACUGAAACACCGAAACACAUACAUAAAAAGCACAAAAAAGAAAAACUGUCACACAAAGACACACCUGAUUCAAGUGAGGUGCCCGAAGAAAGUGUUCCGGAUGUGGAAGAAGUUGAAGAGGAACAACCCGUCGAUGACGAGGCAUCUGUUACUGAUAAGCCGAAAAAGAAAAAAGUUGUGAAGAAGAUUAAACGUACCACCACUGAGGAUGAAUACAUUCAAUCUCUUUUGGACCAAGAAAUUACCAAAACUGAGCUGGAAACUUUUGACAAAUCAGGUUUCGAGCUAGCUCCUAAAGAAAAACCAGUCAGUGUACAAGAAGAUCUUCCUCAAGAAGCAGAAGAAGUAACUGAAGUCCCCGAAACACCAAAAGAAGAAGUGAAAGAAGCUAAGAAAAAAACGAAGAAAGCUGUUACAAAGCGAACUGAAGAAAAGGUAGAGGAAAAUGCAACUGAAUUGAUUCAAUCUGAAGAAGUGGCGCCUGAGGAAAUUGUCGAAGAGGUGCCUGUUGAGGAAACAAAGGAAGUGCCAAAGCCCAAAUCUAAAAAGAAGAAACCUGUUGUUGUGGAAGAUGCAGUCGAAAUGCCAAUUGAAGCAACUCCAAUUGAAGAAGAAGAACCGGAGACAUCAGCUAUUGAGGAAAUAGAACCAGAAGAAACGAAGCCUAAGAAAAAGAAACUAGUAAAGAAGACGAAAAAGACUGAUGAGGAGGAUGAGUACCUAAAGCGUCUAAUGGAAGCUGAAAUAACGAAGACUGAGUUAGAACAAUUCGAAAAGCCGGAAUUCGAAGCCACCGUCAAAACGAAAGCACGCUCUGAAAGUGUUUCAGUAGGUUCCGUUGAAGAAGAACCUGAGGAAAAACCAGAAGAGGUUGUUCAAGAGCAACAACCAAAGGAAAAGAAGAAAAAGCAAAAAACAAAGAUUACGGAAGAAGUAGCACCGGAAAAACCUGAGGAGGUAACACCAGAUGAUGUUCCGUCUGAGCUGAUAGAUAAGGCUACACCACAAGACAAGCAACCAGAGGAAGAAUUAAAACCGAAAAAAUCUUCUAAGAAGAAGCCAAAGGUCGAAGAAACGCAAGAGGACGAGCCAAUUGCUGAGAUCCCUGUUACAGUCGAAGAAAUAGAGCCGGAAGUAGUGACGAUAACUGAGAGCGUUAAUGAUGAAGGUGAAAUAGUUCAACAAAAAACUAAGAAGCGGGUGAUUAAACGCAAAGAAGGCAUUAAAGAAGAAAUAAUUGAAAUUGUCACACACGAAGAAGAAGGAAGGGAACCAGAAACUGAAGUAACUGUAAUCGAAGAGGUUCCAGAUGAAGAAGAUUCACUAUCGGAGAAAUCUACCAAACAGAAGAAAAAGAAAGUCGUGAAAAAGAUUAAGAAGAAUGAACAAGAUGAUUAUCUCCAAAUGCUAAUGGAAGCUGAGAUUCCGAAAACAGAGCUCGAAAAAGUGGAAAAGAUUGAAUUCGAGCCUAAUGUACCCAAGGAAAAACUUAAGCCCGAUGAACAAACUCCGCAAAAAGUAGAAAAGAAAGAACUGAAACCGAAAAAGCCAGUUGAAGUUGAGGUUGAAGAGGCUCAACCAAUUAAACUUAAACCUAAAAAGCCAAAGGUCAUUCCGAAGGAUGUGGUUGAAGAAAAAUUACCUCAAUUUAAACUAAAGAGUCGGAUGACUACAGUAAAUUAUCCACCAGAACCUCUAAAGGCAGUAAUCACGGAAAUAAAUGCAAUUCGCGACAAUGGAGAACUGUCUCGAAAUGUAGAAGAAGCUGAAAAGCUGCUAAAGAAGAAAGUGAAGAAAUUCAAGCAAAUCAAGAAGCGCAAGGACAGCUUAGAAAGACCUGAACUCGAAAAAUACGAAAAAUAUGAGAGCAGCUCUGAUGAAUCUUCUACUGACAAAAAGUACCAGAGACCGGAGAAAGAAACGAAAGAAGAGGAUGUAGAACAGAAAACACUUAAGUUGGGUAAAGGCAAACUAAAACCGCAAGAAGAAGAUACUCCGGAAACUAUAAAGCUUAAGAAAAUUCCUGAAAAACCGGUAAUGGCUGAGGAAGUGGUAGAGGUGAAACCCAAAAAACAACAACCAGUCGAAGAAAAGUUACUAAAUGAAAAAGAAAAGGCUACGUUUGAUGUUGGUAAAGUUGCCGAAUUCGAUUUCGAGCCAUAUGAUAUUCCGAAAGAUGAUCUUGAGGAACUUGAUAUCCCAUCAGACGAAGAAAAAGAAAAAGAACCGAAGAAAACGAAAAUCAUCAAAAAGAAGAAGCCAAAGCCUGAACCGGAAACUGUUCAGCAUCCAAUUGUACCAGGAGUUCCGAAAGAAAAAGAGGAUGAGCCAGAAGAUGAUGUUAAAUUCAAGGUUAAACAAAAACCAAAACCUGAUGAGGAGAGCGAAAAAGUUAAUUUGAAACCGUACGUAAAGCCUGAAGAAGAUGAAAAACAACCAAGUGAAGAGAUGGAAGCGGAUCUCGAUUUACCAAAGCAACCGGAGGUGCCCGAAGAACCUGAAAUCACUGAAGUGAAAAUAAAAAAGAAAAAACCAAAGAAAGAAAAACCAGAUGAAACACCUGAAGAUAUAGUGCUACAAAUUAAAAAACCUGAAGAAUCGGUAGAAGACAUUCCGGAUGUAGAAGCCGAAGUGACUUUGAAACCCAAUCAACCAGAGAUGACUGAAACAGAAGAAAUUAAAAUCAAAAAGAAAAAACCAAAGAAAGUUGAAGAAGCAGAAGCUGAAGUGAGUCUUAAGUUGGAACCGGCUUUGCCUGAGGAAGAACCGGAAGUAGUGCAAGAAUUCACAAUUAAGCCAAAGAAAGAAAAAGAACAGGAAGAUAUUGAAGUUGAAGUUUUGUUGAAGGCAAGGCAAGAACAACAAGAAGAUGUCGACGUGGGAAUGAAAAUAAAAAAGAAAAAACCGAAAAAACCCACUGUAGAUUCAGCCGCUGCGGAAUUAACAGUACAGCAACCAGAAGACGUGCCAGAUGAAGAAGUUAUGGUAGAAGAACCGGAAGAAGAGCCAGUUAAGGAAGUUGAGAUGGAACCAAUUGUCAGUGAAACAGAACAACCUCUUGAGGAAGAGCAAAAACCACAAGAAGAAAAAGUGAAAUUAAAGAAGAAAAAAUCUAAAAAGACCGAAGAAACAGUUGAGGAAAUCGUGGAAGAAACCGACGUAAAAUUGAAGCUUAAGCCACCUGAAGAAGAUGUUGAAGAGAUCGUAAGCGAUUUUACAAUUCAACCGAAGAAAGAGAAAACGCAGGAAGAUGUUGAAGUUGAAGUUACGUUAAAGCCAAAGGAAGAACAGCAGGAAGACGUUGAUGUUGGAAUUAAAAUCAAGAAGAAAAAACCAAAGAAACCGGCAGAAGAAGCUGCAGAAGCUCAACUGACUGUUCAGCAACCAGAAGAAAUUCCUGAAGAACCAAAAAUUGAAGAAACAGUACAGCCUGAACAGCAACAAGAGCCACAAGAAAAGGUAAAACUAAAGAAGAAGAAACAGAAGAAAACCACAGAAGAGGUCGAAGAAUCUACAGUCACAUUAACACAAACGCAAGAGGCCGAUGAUGAAGAACUUCAAGCUGACUUCGUUCUUAAAAAACCAAAAAAGAAACCUGAAGAGGAAACCGUCGAGGAGUUCGUGCUCAAGAAACCUCAGAAAGAAACGUCACCGGAAGAGAUGUCAGAAAAUGUCAAACUCAAGAGAAAGAGGAGACCAAAGAUGGUUACAGAGGAAAGUGCUGAAGAAACCGUUCAGUUGCCUGAAACUUACGAACCGACAGAAGAUAUCGAAGAAGAAACUGAAGAAGUUAAGUUCCAAUUGCGUCGUUCAAAAGAACCUGAAUAUGAAACUGAGGACAUUGAAGUGGAAGCUACAUUUUCACAACCACAUGAAAGUGAAGACGUUGCUGAAGAGUUCACCAUCAAGAAAAAGGCUAAACCAAAGCCAAUCCAAGUGGUAGAGGAACAUGCAGAUGAAUACACCGUAAAGAAAUUGAAAAAGGCACGAAAACCACGAAGUGAUUUACCAGAAUUCACGGAUGUUCAGAAUGUCACCUUUAGACCAAGAAGUACGAAAACUAAAGAAGACGUCGAACAAGAAUUCAAUAUCAAAUUGGACUCAUAUGCCGAAGAAGAAGUUUCAAUGUCGGGAAAAGUGAAACUAAAGAAAACUAGACCGUUAACUUACUCAGAAGAGGCAGGUGAAGCGCAUAUCAAAAUUACCCAAGAAUACGACGAUGGUGAAGGACCAAUAGUGGAAGAAAUCGACGAUAGUUUCAGUGAACCCGAAGAUACAAUGUACGACGUGGAGGAACCGGAUGAGUUUUCGGACAUCGAAGAGCUACCGGAACACAUUGAAUUUACUCUGAAGCCCAAAAAGCAGAAACCGGCAUACAAAAUUGAAGAAUUUGAUGAAGAAGAUGUAUCCAUUGUAAGCCGUCGAAAGAAACCAACAAGCGUUAACUAUAACGAAGAAGAUUCCUUGACACUGAAGAAACCGAAGAGAAAGCAAUCCACAUCGUACAUUGAAGAGGAGGCUUCACUGAGUAUCACAAGAGAGCUUUCGGUCGAAGAUUACGAAGAGGAUAACAUCAUGUAUUCGAUUUGUACUUAUAUGGCUGAAAAUAACGACGCUCUCAAUCUCGUUGAAGGAGAGAAGGUGUAUGUCAUUGAACGUCACGACUCCGACUGGUGGUUUGUUAAGAAAAACUUAACUGAAGAAAAGGGUUGGGUACCAUCUCAAUAUCUCAUGGAUGUUGUGCGCUACAAUCACUACGUGCAAAAGAAGUUGAACGAAAAAAUCGACAAGCUUCCUGUGUUUGAGAAGCCUGGUCCCGAAGAGAAAACGAUUGCUCCACGAUUCAUUGAAAAGCUACAGCCAAUUCAUACUCCAGAUGGCUACACGGUACAGUUUGAAUGUAAGGUUGAAGGUUAUCCACGACCGCAAAUCACAUGGUGUCGCCAAACCGCUAUUAUCAAACCAUCGCAAGAUUUCCAAAUGUAUUACGAUGAUGACAACGUUGCGACACUGAUCAUUCGCGAAGUAUUCCCAGAGGAUGCGGGCACCUUUACGUGUGUCGCGAAAAAUGCUGCUGGAUUUGCUUCGAGCACCACAGAGCUUGUCGUCGAGCAACCAUUGUCUGACCAUGGUUCCGAUAUGACAGGUCUUUCUCGUAAGAGUUUAUCCAGAGAAUCUUCAUUGGCUGAUAUUCUGGAAGGAAUUCCUCCAACAUUUUCAAGAAAACCGCGAGCACAAUGUGUUGACGAAGGUACGAACGUUAUUUUGGAGUGUCGCCUUGUCGCCGUCCCAGAGCCUGAUAUUAUAUGGACGUUCAAUGGUAAAGAAAUUACGACGCAGAAAAAUGUUAAAGUGGUCGUCGAGUCUGACAUGCACAUGUACAUGAGCGUUGUGUCAAUUAAUAAGGUGCUGAGGGAUCAAGAAGGAACAUACGAAGUCAUCGCUACUAACCGUGAGGGCGAGGCUAGAUUACCAAUAACGCUUAAAGUGAAAACCGGAGAAAAGGAAGCACCACAAAUCCUCGAGCCUCUACGAAAUUUGAUUAUUCGUGAAGGCGAGAGUGUUGUGUUGAACACUCAGAUAGUUGGCAAUCCCACUCCAAAAAUUACUUGGUUCAAAAAUGGCAAACCGAUCAAAGCCAACACCAAAUCGGACAAGGAUACACACACAUUGACUUUGAUAGCACCCAACAAAGAUUGUACGGGUGAAUAUACUGUAAAGGCCGUCAAUACUAUGGGCUCCGUCGAAACGUCUGCCAUUUUAACGGUCGAAGAAUGUGAGAGUGGAAAUCCAGAGCCUCCAUUCUUCGUUGAACGUUUCGAGGAACAGUAUGUACCACAGCGUGGAACAAUAAAGCUUCCAGCUCGUGUUAGUGGUAACCCAGUUCCGGAAAUCACUUGGCUCCACAAUAAUCGACCACUUGUCCCAUCCGAACGGAUCAAGCAAUCGUAUGAUGGCGAAAAUCUCGAAUUGGUUAUUUUAGAAGCUGAUUCUGCUACCGAUUCCGGCGACUAUAAGUGUGUAGCCAGUAAUCCUGUUGGAAAAGUUUCGCACGGUGCGAGAGUUAUUGUGGAAGUUGACGACGUUAUUUUCACCAAAAAAUUGAGACAGCGUGUCAGCAUUGAAGAGUCACAAACGUUGACUUUGGAAUGCGAAACAUCGCAUUAUGUUUCAACGAAGUGGUAUCACAAUGACAAAGAACUUACCGGAAUGGAUCAUCGCGUGGUUGUUCAGCAAGAUAAGGUUCACAAGCUAAUCAUUCGAGAUACAGCACUACGAGAUGCGGGUACAUACAAAUGUACUAUAAAGGGACAUUCGACCAAUUCCACCGUUGAGGUGCUAGAACGAAAACCUGAAUUCAUCAGAACGCUUCAAGACUACGAGGCUAAAGAAGAAGAAUCGGCGAUUUUGGAAGUUGAAUUGUCAUCGGAAGCGGCUGAAGUUGUUUGGUUGAAGGAUAACGAGCCAAUACAAGAAAUCAAAAACAAAAUUGAAUUUGUUCGAGAUGGCAGAAUUAGGAAGUUGGUUAUUCGCCAGGUAUCAGUGCACGAUGAAGGAGACUACACAUGUGUGUUGGACGAUUACCAGGAGUGUUCCGCUGAGCUUACAGUGAUUGAGUUGCCUCCACAAAUUAUAACAAAAAUGGAAGAUUUAACUAUUGCUGAGGGCGAGAAGGCUACUUUCAAUAUUGAAUUAACUAAAGGAGACGCGUGGGUACGAUGGUACAAGAACGGUGUUGAAUUGCAGUUCUCUGAUCACAUUCAACUGAGCAUUGACGGUAAAAAACAAAAACUGAAAAUCUACAAAACAACAGCCGAAGAUGCCGGUGAAUAUUCUUGCAAAGUUGGCGAUCAAGAAUCGGUCGCAACAUUGACUGUCGAAGAACCUGAUGUCGAUUUUGUUCUUCGUCUGCCGGAUGUUACUUUGGUAACGAAAACAAAGGAUGCCGUUUUCACAGUCGAGCUGUCUCAGCCUGAUGUUGAAGUAACUUGGUUUAAGAAGAAUGAACCAAUCAAACCUGGACCGAAAUACGAAAUCAACGUCGAGGGCACAGUCCGACGACUAAUUAUCCACGAUGCAAAUGACGAUGACGUAGCCGACUAUACAUGUGUGGCAGGAAAUGUCAACACUUACUCUAAACUUAAAGUAGAAGACAUACAAGAACCACCAACUUUAACUCUAGAUGACAAAGAUAAAGUCUACAAAGUUAAGGAGAAUGAAGACGUCACAUUUACAGUUAAAUUAACGGGUACACCUAAACCGGAUGCAGAAUGGUUCACAUCUGGUAAAGUGGUGAAAAAGUCGCCAAGAAUAGCUAAGACAUCAGAUGAACAGUCAGCUUGUCUAACGAUUAAAAAGGUGGUUGAUGAUGAUGUUGGAGAGUAUACCGUUAAGGUCAAGAACCCAAGCGGUGAAGCCGAAGCGAACCUCACACUUGUUAUCAUGAAAAAACCAUCAGCACCUGGAGCACCUGAGCCUCUUGAAGUAACAAACGAUUCGUUAACAUUGUUCUGGAAAGCUCCGGAAGAUGAUGGUAACAGUCCAAUCACUGAAUAUAUCAUCGAAUAUCAGGAGCGUACGCAGAAGACCUGGACGCAAAUCAAACAAAUUUCCGACACCUCAUUCAAAAUUACAAAACUUAAGACUAAUUCCGAAUACAUAUUCCGUACGAUAGCUGUAAAUGAAGUUGGAGAAAGUCCACCGUCGCCAACGUCACCAUAUAUCAAAAUCACCGCUCCUCUAUCCAAAGAAGCUCCAGUGAUUCAAGAACCGCUGACGGACAUAUUCGUUGGCUAUAAGCAAAAGGUCACACUUUCUUGCAUUGUUGGAGGCGUUCCUACGCCGGAAAUAACAUGGAAGAAAAACAAUGAGACAUUCAAAUCGAAAGCAACUGUCUACGAAAAUCGUGUCGCCAAAUAUACCAUUGAGGAAACUACAGAAGAAUCCGAAGCAACUUACACAUGUAUUGCAAAGAACGAAGUUGGAACAGCUGAAACUAGUUGCAAAGUUGUGGUACAGGAAAAGCCGACAAUCGUCAUCGAUGAAUCACUAUUAUCGCAACGAUUACGUACGUCGGCACAGUGGAAGAUUGAUGCUAAGAUUUCCGGCUUCCCGAAACCAGAUGUUGUGUGGUAUAAAAACGGCGAGAAAAUUACUUCGACCAGCAAAUUCUCCAUCACUUACGAAGAAAGUACCAGCGUUAUAACAAUCAAUUCGCUGGAAAGGUCUGACUCGGGAAAAUAUGUCGUUGAAGCGAAGAAUAAUGCUGGUGUCGCUAGUGUUGAAUUAAACCUGAACGUGAUCGACAAACCCGACAAGCCAGAAGCUAUCGAUGUUAAAGAAUUCAAAAAAGACUCGGUCAUCAUUGAAUGGAAACCACCGGUUGACGAUGGUGGUCUUGAAAUAACCAAAUAUUCAAUUGAGAAAUGCGAUCCCGAGAAAAAUGUUUGGAUCAAGGUAGCGGAAGUUGAGAAACACAUUGAUUCAUUCUGCGUUCAGAAAUUGAUGGCUAACGCCCAAUACGUAUUCCGGAUAAUGGCUUUGAAUUCGAUUGGCGUAUCAGAGCCCAUCGAAAGUGAGCCGAUCACAAUUAAGGUUAAAAUUGACCCUCCAUCUCCACCACGUAAACCAACUGAAGUGUCAGGAAUGAGUGAAAGUUCGCUCACAUUGGCGUGGAGAGCAUCUGAUAAAGAUGGUGGCAGCAAGAUUAUCGAGUACAUCGUUGAGAUCAAGGAAACAAAUCAGGAAACGUGGAAACGUUGCGGCACAACCAUCGGGGACUGCACGAAUAUUCACAUUGAAAAUUUGGUCAAGGAUCAGUCGUACGAAUUUAGGAUAUGCGCACGGAAUGAAGCAGGAACCAGUGCCUACUUGGAAACAGAGGAUAAGAUCAUCGUUGGCAGAAACAUCAUGGCUGGAGUACCGAAGAAUGCAACACCUCCAUCUCCGCCACAAAAUCUACGACCAACUGAUGUGACCGGCCGAAGUAUAACACUACAAUGGGAACCACCAGUUAGCAAUGGAGGCUCUGAAUUAACAGGUUACAUCGUGGAGAGAGGUAGCGCAAAAUCCGCAAAAUGGACGAAAAUCGUUACGCUUGACACACAUUGCCUACAAUAUUGUGUCGACAAUCUCAAGGAAAAGUCUGAAUACACAUUUAGAGUACUAGCAGAAAACGCAGUAGGUUUAAGCGCACCGGCUGUGACUGGAAGCAUUUCACUUAAGACACAUGCCACCGUCCCUUCGCCACCGACAGCACCGCUAGAAAUUCGCGUCAUUGGUGCCAAUACAAGCAUUUUCGAAUGGGGUAUUCCAGAAUCAGAUGGUGGUGCACCAUUAGAGGGAUAUAAUAUUGCUAUUCGUGAUAUGAAAAAGACAAUGUGGAUUGAAGUGGGACGUGUGCCAGCCGGUGUUCAAAAGUUCCAAAUCAAAGAUUUACAAGAAGAUCACGAGUAUAUGAUACGAAUCUAUGCUCGAAACGAAAUUGGCAAAAGUGAACCAUUGGAAUCGGAAGAGCCAUAUAAAGUUGUGCCCGGUUCAGGUGACGACUUUGCCGACGAGCCGAAAACACACACGGAGCCAACUGGAUUCAGUACUGAAAACACAUCGUCCUGGCUUCGCGAUCAUAACAUGGACGCUGACAUUUCAUCUUAUGCUAGAGCCAAAUUGCUGCGCAAAGAUGAAUACUUCUUCCGGGUGUGGUAUUAUGCAAAAAGUCUGUUCAACAAAAAGAAGAAAGAUGAUAAGUAAGCGUAAACCCACCGGAGGUUGUGACCCCGGAAUUGAUAUCCCCCAUAUAAUUACCAUUAUUUUUAAUCAAUUCUGUAAUUUGUAUUUAUAUUUACUCAAUUAAUCGAUGUGGAAGAGAAAAGGAAAAAAGUACAAAAAUAAGUCUGGUGCAAAACUUAUUUUUACUACUUUUUUGUUUAAGAAAAAUGAAUCGUUUUUUCUAUUUUAUAUAAAUACUUGUAAAUUUCGGUCGACGUUAAAAUAAUUUUUAUCAUUUUUCAAAUUUUAAUUUUAUUCUUAACUUUAAAAUUUUGCGAUUAAUUUUAAGAACUGUGAUAAAAAAAAACAUGAAUUAAUGACGAAUUUCUCGAUUGCAUAAUUUUAUAAUUGUUCAAAUUAUGCAUUCAAUUGUGACGAAGCAGACUCUAGAACAACAACAUGAAGAAAGAAACAAAACAAACACGAAACAAAACGAAUUUUUCAAAAUUAAAUUUGUGAAUUGCUCAAUUAUAUUGAGCAGCCGCGACGAUGACGAGAGAGAGACAAAAAUAUAGGUGCAACAUAUUUUCUUCGAUUUUCAUCGUUGAUGGCCGUUCAAGAUCGAUCCACAAGUUCUAAUUGGACACGAAAUUUAUAGAUUAGUCACACUAUCAAAACAAAAAUAUUAUCAAAGUUUAUUAAUAUAUCGUGUGUUCGAAACAAAAUAUAUGAAAUGAAUAAAGAAUUAUUUCAAAAAAAUAAA